GUGCAGGAGCCAAGAAAAGUUCCAGGCUGGGCAGCAAGAAACAGCAAGCGGGGCAUCAAGGAGGAGGCAUGCAUGCAUAAACUGGGUGUCUUAAGAGAACAAAGGCCUCACAAUCCAACAACACCGAUGAAAACAACACCGUGGUGAGCAUAGCAGGAAUCUUUUAACAAGUGAUGGGUGAGCUUUCCCAGGCAUGCUUAAAAUUAGGACUUGGUUUAGACCGAGCCCAAAUUAGCUCAUUUUAAGAGCAAGUCCAUUUGGAACUCUCUUAAGCCACCCCCUUCUCAUCCUCCCCACAAACCUAUGCUACUGACAGUGAAAAAUGAAGAUUAGCAGUAGCAGCAUUGACUAAGACCUAGGACAGGUAUGAGAAACCUGUGGCCCUCUAGAUAUUGUUGGAUUCCAACCAUCAGCCCCAAGCCAAUGUUUCUGGGGUGAUAGAACUUGUAAUCAAACAGCAUUGGGAGAGCUGCAGGUUCCCCAUCCCUUACCCUGGAAUGUUGGAGGAACAGUGGAUUGGACUCCAGGAUCCAUGAGAAUUAGAAUUUCCCAGGGCUUAUUGCCCCUUUGUAAGGUCUUGGUGCUCAAAUGAUGCUGAAGUGAUGGAGGAAAGCCACAGCUGCAUCCUGUACCAUUCUUGCUGCCUUCACCAGGUACCUUUCAGCAGGAAAGAAAGGGAGUUGGCUCCGGCAGCAGGGAUGGAACGGAUCACAGCUAAGCAAUUUGGCCUUUGGGCUGAAAAAUGUCCCACAUGGCACAUGUAAUGCCCUGAUCAAAGUUACUACUAGACCAGCAGCAGAACUACACACAUUUGGCAUACAUGAUUGCAGUUAAUGCCUUUUGGUAAUGUCAGAUACAAUCUUCACUGACUAUAGAGAGACCUUGAAAAUCUGUUCAAAUCCUUAAAAAGCAAGGAAGCCUCUGUGAUGUGGCCAGCAAACCUGUAAUAUUUAAACCUGCACCACCUUAUUCUACUCCCCCCCCCCCCAGAUUUUUACACUAUAAUUUCAAUAGUUCAUAAUUGUGGAUAUCAAUCUACAGAUAAUUUCUGAGUACAGCAGUUCCAUGCCAUCAAUAGAAUGCAUCACUUCUCAGGUGUUUGACAUCAUUUUUACCUUUUUAUUUCCAACCUACCUUGCUCCAAAAGUCACCUGGGCUAGUUUUUGCAUUACACUCUUCUUCACUUAAAUUUCAUUGUUUCUAAUGCUUACUGGCAAUGCAUUAAUUUAUGUAAGAACCCUAUAUAUGGUUUCGAUGUUUUAAUUGUACACCUAAACAUGUCAAAGUGUACUUACCUUCCAAGUAUUUUCAGCAUGCAGUUUCUACAUAGAACCAUCAGGUCAGUUGCUGUGCAAACAAAUAGAUUGACACAUGUCUAGUAUCAGAAAUGGCAACAUUAAGAAACCAAAGGAAGAUAAUUUUGGUCUCCCGGGAUACUCCACUGUUCUCCAACGAAGUGAUUUCAAAGGGGACUGCAGCAUGAAAUUGCUGAACUGGAACUCAUCAGGAAAUAUUGAAUAUAUCAAGUUCAUUAUCUCGAACUAAGAUAAUGGUUUCCAGUCCCACCAUAGGUGUCAAUUCAUCCAUCAAUCCAAGGGAUGACAGUCUCACCAGUCCCUGCUCUCAUGCAUGGUCAAUUUGCAUGCAUUUUACUCAAAAUUGCCAUAUCCUGUAUUAUUUACAUUUCAUUGUCCUUAGACCCCACUGUUUCCAUCCCUUCUUCUCUACAUGUGUGUAGACAUGUAUAUGCACAUACAUGUAUUAGAGGUGACGUGAGUUCAACAGCUAAGGAGUGAAACAACUGGUAAUUCAUUAUAAGCAUGGUCAGACUGUGUGCACAUAAUCCACAAGGCACAGUAAAUGAGUGCAGUGGCUGGUUAUUAUGCACAUGAGCCAUUCGGCUCACAUCACCCCGAUAUAUGUUCUCCAGUGGAGGAUAACACUCCUUGCAUGUGAAGCAGACUCUAGCAUAGGAAAGCUUUGCCUUAAGAAAAGUAGGAUGAAUAUGACAGGACAAAUGCACAUUUGCAAAUAUGUGCAUCACAUCACAUGGCACACUCCUUAGGGAGUUGUGACGGGUUGCGUGGAAGUUUUGUGGGCAACCUGGGUUGGCCUUUGCCUAGUGUGUGAAACUGCCCGUGCUGAGCCUAGUAAAAGCAUGUGAUACUCGACCAAUGGGGUUGGUUGAUACUUAGGUCCAGAACCCCAAAUCUUCCUCUUGUAUCAUAUGAGCCAACUCCUAGGGGCAGAGAUCCCUUCGCCUCCCUCUCAAUAAAAUGUUUAUGGGCAUCGCCAUUCAAAAGCGGUGUGACUGUGUGAGUUUGCUGGAUCUUCUGAUCGAUUAUGCAGGGCGGAGCUUCAUUGACAUCCCCCCCCAUAUUUCGUUCAAGUUGGCACCCCUGUUUCGAAUCCAAAGGAAACCUCCUUUUGCGCGGGACUGAUGGCUUUGCAACCUGACCCUCGUAGAGAAAGGAGGACGAGGGUAGCGAGGGGUCUCUCUCUCUAAUUUGCUUCCAUUGCUGAAGCGCACAAGAGUGGAGCGGAGUGUGGAGCGCGAGCCGCCUCCUUCCACCGGGGCGAGGAAGGCGGGGCGCAUUAGGGCCCUGCGGGAAAGCGCCCCACGCGGGGUCCCUCUGCCCGGCUUGUCUGGGUCUCGCAUACACACCCCGCCCGUCCGCCCGCCCGCGCGCGCAGAGAGUGGCUGGCAGGCAGGCAGGCAGGGCAGCGGCUGCGCUGAGCCGAGCCCGGGACGGCUGCCAGCCGCUGCUGCCUUCGUGUGUUGCGAUGGCAGCAGCGGCAGCGGCGGCGGCGGCGGUAGCGGCAACCCCCUCAUUCGACGAAAGGAACCUCUGAAGCCCGCCCGGCUCCCUCCACCAUCCGUCCACUUGGCACACACGCGCGCGCGCAUUCACUCGUACACGCAGAGAUAGAGAGAGAGAGAGGCGCGCGCGCCCUCUCGCCUUCCCUCACGUUACGCGCUGCGCCCAACCUCAACUUGCCCUCCUCGUCAGGCAGCGGCCAAGAAGACGGGAAGGGUGGGUUUCUGCUCGGCCAGAGCCGCUUCUCUUCGGGGCGACGCCCCCCCGCUCCACACACACACACACACACACACACACACACACUUUCGGUGUGUCCGGGCGCGCGCGCGCUAGAGGUGGCGCGCGCGCGCUCCUCCCGCAGCCUCCUCCCCAGCUCCCUUUCCGUUCCGCCAGUCUCCGAGCGCCUCUGUUGCUGCUGCGCCCGCCUCGAAGUUUGGCCGGCAGCUCCGGCUCCUCAGGCAGCCGCCGCCGGCAGCGCCAGCAAGCAGCGCCGCUCUCUCGGAGCCGCCGCCGCCGCCGAGCCCGCCUCUCUCGCUUAGCCGCCGCUUUGUUCCUCUCGCUCCCCCUCAGCCCCUGAAGAGCCGGACGCCCGCGCCGUUGCCGCGCGCCGCAGCAUGCUGAAAGUCACCAUGCCCUCGUCGUCGUCGUCUUCGUCGUCGCCCUCCUCCGCCCCCACCUCGUCCACCGCCGCCCCCGCCGCCUCUGCCCCGACCUCGGGCCGGGCCGGGGGCGCCCCUGCCGCCGCCGGACCCACCGUCGUCCCGGACUACUGGAUCGACGGCUCCAACAGAGACACCUUGGCCGACUAUUACGACCUGGAGUCGGAGCUGGGACGGUGAGGAGGCGCGAGAUUUGCGUGGGCGCCGCCGGGGAAGAGGAGGUGGCGGGGCGUGAGGGGAGGAAAGCCGUGCAGGGCUCUCGGGAGGGCAACAUCCUGGGUGCUGCUGCUGCUGCUGGCGCGUCAGGGUGGUGGUGGCGGCGGCGGUCCCCUUAUCACUAGGCAGGGUGGCGCUGGGGUGCCCAGGCUGAGGGAGGCGUUCCUGGACAAAGCGGGGCGGGGGGCGGCCAAGGGAGGGGAGGAGGAGCUGGUGGUGCAGCAGCAGCAGCCGGGGGGCUUGUCGCCAGGCGAGGCAAUGCAGGGGGCAUAGCAGGGCCAGCGAAGUCCUGCGCGGUGCAAGGGAUUGUGGGGGUGCGCGGAGCGGUCCAGGCAGAGAGAGAGAGAGAUCGUGGUUCCGCAGAGAGGAGACAUUCCUAGACAGCCGUGUGGGCGGCCAGCAGUCUCGCUUUAGAGCGAGGAUGGGGCGGGGAAAGACGGCCAGGUGGCGCUGGCGACUGGAGAGUUAGGACCCCAGGAGCCAACUCCUAGGGGCCGAGGAUCCUUUCGAUCCUCCCAAUAAAUAAGGGGUCCGCGGGGCCCCCUCCCAAGUUGAUGAGCAUUGCUAUUCAAAUAGUAUGUGUCUUGUGAUCAGUUAUGCAGGGUGGGGCUUAUCUCCCCCCCCCUUUUUUUAAUGGCACACCCCUGGUUAGGACACCCCUGGCCAGGAAGGAGAAAGCGGUGUGGCAGUUUCAGGGCUUGAUCCCGGAAGGCAGAGGGGUACCCCGUCCCUCUGCGGGAGAAGUGGCAAGUUGGAGUGGAGAGAGUGGCCACUUAUGGAAGAGGGGCAACUGCUUGGCGUCUUUCUCUUGCUGGUGUUGGGGAGCAGGGGUCAGACUGGGGCGAGUGUGCUGGGUUGGUGCCUCAGCGCUUCAGCUCAGCAGCCACACAGCGCCAAAGAUUUCUUCCUCUUCCCCACAAGUCUCCCCUCCUUCCUUCCCUCCCGCCCACCAACCCUCUUAUAUUGAGGGAAGAAAGCUGUAAACGGAUCGAGCUGUUGCCCCUUGUUUCACAUGUGUAGGAGGCAGUAUUGAAAGAUGCGCCAUCUGUAGCGCUCUAAUAGGAGAUGGAAAAUCUCUCUCUCUCUUUUUUAACCCACAUACAGAUUUGGGUAAUCAGCAUCGUUAUUUUAUCCAUGUUAAACUUAUUGUUAUCAUAUGGAGGCAAGUGACACCGAAAAUGGAAUUUAAAUACUAGUUUGGAUUUGUGGUUCUGUCAGUAGGUGUUAGAGAGUGGGAAUGAAUCAUUUAAAGCAGUUGAAAGGAAGAAUAAUAAAGUGAUUCCCUGGUUCAAAGAAAUGAACAGCCUAGCACUAAUUAUCUGGGAAGAGGCUAAGCUUGCAGCGUCGUCUUCUGAAACAUGAAGAAAUGUUUUGCAAAUACCAUCUCAAGAGCAUUAUUAUUCUGGAUAAUUAUUUAAUGGUAACAGCUGUUGCAUACUUAUGACUUGACAGAACAUUUGUGUUUGCGUGGAUAAAGCAUUUCCAAAAAUUCUGUGUUCCUCGUGAAUUGAGGGGGUAUGUGUGUCAACAAUCUAAAUGGGAUGGUAGAAAGGUAGAAACCCACAGGGUUUUCUUUUGGAAAACAGUAUUCAUUUUAAAUAGAAAGAUUCAAGUUUAAUUUUUUUACAGGCGAAAAAUGUUUAGAACAUUUAUCUAACCUUCUCCAUCUCAUCUGAAAGUAGCUGCCUCCUGAAGCAAUAUUUUAUUUAAUUGUGGAGAGUUUGUGAAAACACCAACCUUUGGUUUAGCUGGUGGGCCAGUAUUUUAGUUGGCUAAUGGUGGGGCGAUAAGUGAGUGCAGCAGCUUCCCACUCAGAACUAUGAGGAAGACGGUGCUGUCAUGUGACAUCCCUUUCCACACACAUUGAUACAAGUGUAAAAGGAGUUUUCGGCGCCUUGUCUGUAAAGGCCGAAUAAGGUGGGGUAAGAACAUCAGGGAAGUCAAUGAAGGGAAAAAGAAAAAAUAUCAAUUAAUAGCCUGUUCCAGUGCUGAAUAAUCCAGGGGUCACUUUAGUAAUAUGCAACUGGAAAUCUCAGCUGAAAACAUUUAUGUAUUUUACUAUUAAAAUAUUUUAAAACUACCCGCCAUCUUUUCAGACCCCAGGGUGGUAUACAAUCGGCAUUGUUAUAAUACAGCUGUAUGCCAUUGGUACCUGACACUUCACAAUCAUCACGAAAUCAAGUCGCCAAAACUCCAUUAACCCUGUGUAUGUUUACUCAGAAAUAAGUUCCACUGUGUGCGGUGAAACUUACUUCCUGAUAAGUUUAUACAGUCAUACCUCGGGUUACAGACGCUUCGGGUUGCGCGUUUUUGGGUUGCGCACCGCGUUUUUGGGUUGCGCACCGCGCCGAACCCGGAAGUACCAGAAUAGGUUACUUCUGGGUUUUGGCACCCGCGCAUGCACAGAAGCACUAAAUCGAAUCACAACGUGCGCAGAAGCGGUGCCGCGGGUUGCGAACGCUGCGGGUUGCGAAUGUGCCUCCUGCACAGAUCACGUUCACAACCUGAGCAUCCACUGUAUAGGAUUUCAGCUUAAGUCAUUCAUGCAAUUUCUAACUUUCUUAUUCAAUAUGGGAUGAAGAGCAAAGACCCUCCAGUGAGUUGCCAUUUGACAAACUGCACCUAUAUCCAUAGCUGUCAACUUACAGAUUUGAAAAUAAGGGACCAGUAGCCUCAAAAAUAAGGGAUCAGCAGCCAAAAUAAGGGAUUUUAGUCAACCAGCAGCCAAAUGAAGCCUCAGGCAGUGGUUCCCACAGCGCAGCAACCCGACAAAGGGGAUGCAGCAGGGAAAACCACUGUCACCUCUCCGCUGGGAAGCACUGAGCAAAGGCGAGUCCCCAGGCAACGCGGCCGAUUUGAUUGGCACAAGGCAUGCAAGCUCCACCCCCCAGUUAUUCUUAGACUCCUUAUUGGGUGAGCAACGCAGCCAAGCAACACAGUUGGAGCCUCCCUCCUCCCUGGCCGGCAGGGAGGGAGGGAGAGGAGCUGCUUCCUUUGAAACCCGGGAAAUUUAAGGGACAUAAUCAAUAAGGGACAGCAACGGGACACAGCGCUGGGAUAAGGGACUGUCCCACCAAAUAAGGGAUGCUUGACAGCUAUGCCUAUAUCCCAUUCCAUCCGUACUCCUGAAACGUGUCUCAUGGCAUCUCAGUGCUAUGAAGCACUGCCUUCCUCUUUUUGCUGCAGAAUUAGAUUGUAAUGAAAGUAGCACUAUGAUGGCUGCCUGGCAUCUGCAGAGACAGGGAAGUAGGAGCAAUGGCAGAAGCAGAGCUGGGAGAACAGAAGUCACUGGGUAGGAGCCAGUGGAGUUGAACUAGGUAGAAAAAGCCUGGAUGAGCAGAGUGGGGGGGGGAUAGGUAAGCAUCCACAAAUAUAUAUAUAUUAACUAGACUUUGUUAAAGCAUAAAGUCAAUCAUAUCUAAAUACAAAACCACGUCAUGGGGCAAUUCCCAUUCUCAGUGGCUUAUAUUGACAGGUGCCUUUUUAUAACCUAUUUUAGAAGUGCAUGAAAUAGUUACAUUAUGAUAUUGGGACUAUGUGUAGGUUAAAAUACACUUUAAGCAUCCCUUCUUAUGUGGGAGAGAGGACAUACCUGCAAACAUGCAUCAUUUUAUUUAAAACCAUGCUCUAGGAGGCUUACAAGAUAAAAACAAAACAAUUCAAACACAACAAAAGUAGUCGUAAACAAUAAAUAAAACAUCAAAAAAGCACACAGCCAAACUGAACACUUUCCACAUGAAUCAUAAUAAAGAUACAAAAUAAACACACAAAUUUAAUAUCAAUAGCAGCAAUAAAAUCCUCUAAACAAUACCCCCAACCUGAAUCUGUUCAGCAGCCUCAGCGUUUGUAGCUGGAGUCAGUCACAGUCCCACCCUCCCAGGCCAGGAUUCACAGCCAAGAUGGAGAACAAGAGCAGAAACACACUUUGACUCCAUAUAAACUGUUAAAAACAUGGAAUAAAAUAAAUUUAAGACCAGAUAUUUGGUCGUAUCUGUAUUAAAGUCUUGUAAUAUGGGAAACUCAUUAUAAAUUGUUGCUAUGGUAGUAUCUAACACCAGAUAGACUUAAUAAAAUCUAUUCCAACAUACAGUUUGAACGUUGAAAGUUUUCUGGCACCAGUGUGCACUAACCUCAUUUGUGGCAGAAGUUUAAGAAGACAUAUGAUUUUUGGAGGCAAAUAAUAUGUACCAUGAAAUAAGUGGUGUGGACUGCACUGGGACUUAGUCCAAUGUUGCUUUUGUUUAAAUACAUUUUCUCACUGUCUGGGUAAUAAUGAAAGUUCUAAUUCUUUAUUCCAAUCAUCUCUUACUGUCUGUGUAUUGAACUUUUUUAUUGUUAAUAUAUAUCUAUAAAAAGCAAUUGCUGGCUUUUUAUUUUUGAAUGUUGUCCAAUUGCUCCAAUAUCUUAGGUAUCUUGGAAGCUGAAAAGGCUGAUGGACCAAACACACUUGGUUAGGAGAUGUUGUAAUUUAAGAUAUUGCCAUUGGGUUGCAUCUGAUAGAUGAUAUUUUUGUCUUAAAAUAGCAAAAGUAUAAAAUUCAUCUUCCCCAUCUAUCGGUUGGUCCAAUGUCAAAACACCUGCUUUCAUCCAAUUUUUCCAUAUCACCAUCUUUUUUUGCAAUUCCUAGUGUGAGGUUUCCCAACAGAGUAAGUUUAGCAUGUGAAAAUGAGUCAAAUUUGUUUUUAUUAGCCAAUAUAUUCCAUGUUAAUUUUUUUCCAGAGUCACUUGAGACUUCAAAUUUUUCAAUCCUAGUAUUGUCCAACCAACCAAAGGUGCUAUGUACAUAUAUUGUAGGGUUGCCCGCAUCAGAAAAUUAGGGCCAACAGUGGGAUUCCAAUAUUUAGUACUUGACUGUAUGUAAGCUUAGUGAUAUAAUUCCAAAUUUGGGAUUCCAAAACCGCCUUCUUUAAUUUGUAGCUGCAUUCUCUGCAAGGAUAUUCUUGGUGUUCCUGAGCCCUAAAGGCAUUUCCUAAAUGCCUUUUGAAAAUAUGAUUCAGAUAUAAAAACUAGAAGUCCUUUCAGGAUAUAAAUGAAUCUGGGAAUAAUAUUAAUUUCGAGAGCAUUCACUCUUCCCCAAAGGAAAUUUGUUUUUGUAAAUAAUGAAUUCCCCCCCUUCUUGUUGUGUAAUUAUCUUAAUCAUUCUCUUAAAAUAAUAAUAAAAAAUAAAAAAUGCCUACGUAUGAAAAUAUAAAAGUGUUUUAUAUCAAGGAAAGUGCUUAUAAAACAGUUCUACUCUUUCUCCCUAUAAACAAUCUGACAGUAAAAAUUUUGUGCCAUACUAAAUCUGAACUGGCACAGUUACUUGACUUAUUCAUUCCAGAAGGUAUUAAACUUUCAUGGGUGAAGUUUCAAAGCUCUAUAGCUCAUAUUUUAAUGUUUUACAUGGAUUCAUAAUUUAGUCGUAUAUAUCUGUAAUAUGGUGUUAAUAUUUAAAGCACACAGAGUUCUGGGAAUAGUGGUGAAGACAUUAGAGUGUACAUCUAUCUUACACAGUUAUGAUGGAGUUAUUUCUUGCUAGCAAAAUCUCCUUUUGCUAAACACUUUAGCAGUAUAUUCUAGAAACGCCAGAUACAUAAAAAGUUCUGAUUUAUUUUGCUUUGGAGCUUAUUGUUAAGCCAGUCAUAUCAGUUGAACAAUCCCAAGCAAGGUUUUGUUGAAAUGUAAGUUGUUUUAUACAUGAGAAUGCAAUUUGCUUCUAAAGAAACUUACAUUUCUGGAAUGCCCAUUUGUUUUUCCUUCUGUUUUUCCCCCUCCCAUUUUAACCCUACUGACUGAGAUUGAGUGUUGUAUUUGAGUCCUGUUUCCUGUGGAUAUUUGGGUGGUUACUAUGAGAAUAGGGUUCUGGCCUGAUGCAGCUAUUCUCAUGAUCUUAGUAGAAGCUCAAGUAUGGUUUAUUAUUGGUGUCACCAGUUGUGUUUGAAGGACCAAAAUGCUAUCCUGCCCCCCCCCCCAACUCUGGUCACAAAACAUGACCAUCAACACAUCAAUGCUGCACACAUCAGAUCUCAAAGUAGCAAAAUAGGCAAUAACAACAACAUUUUGUUCUCCUGUAAGAAUAUUUGCCUGAAAACAAAUUUUAAAAAGCUGCAAUUGACUCAGGAAGUAAUUUAGAAAUCUUAUUCACAUGUAAGGAUGCAUAACGUUUACCUGGGAUGAAGUGAGGAUUACCUCUGACAUGUACAAGAUUGCACUAUAAUUCACUUUCAUCCUACCAUUGUGAUCUCUGAUGCCCCAGAAAGAUAAGAGCAUAUGUGAGAGAGUGAAAGAGAUAAUGAGAACUUUCCUAGGAUCUCAGCCAGGCAAAAGCUUUCAUUUACUAGAUAUUCAGCUGAAGUUAAGCUAGAAGGUAUGUGAGUUAUCUGGGUAGCUUUUGUUCUCUUUCAUGGAUAAAGGCAAGAUAUAAUAGAUCGGGUGGCGCUGUGGGUUAAACCACAGAGCCUAGGACUUGCUGAUCAGAAGGUCGGCAGUUCGAAUCCCCGCGAUGAGGUGAGCUCCCGUUGCUCGGUCCCUGCUCCUGCCAACCUAGCAGUUCGAAAGCACGUCAAAGUGCAAGUAGAUAAAUAGGUACCGCUCUAGUGGGAAGGUAAACAGCGUUUCCGUGCGCUGCUCUGGUUUGCCAGAAGCGGCUUAGUCAUGCUGGCCACAUGACCCGGAAGCUGUACGCCGGCUCCCUCGGCCAAUAAAGCAAGAUGAGCGCCGCAACCCCAGAGUCGGUUAUGACUGGACCUAAUGGUCAGGGGUCCCUUUAGCUUUACCUAGAGUAGGUAUAGCAAAUGUGCCUGCCCCAUGUUGUUGCGGUCCAACUCCCAUCAACCCAAGCCAGUAUGGACAAUGGCCAGGGAUGAUGGGAGUUGUAGUCCCACAACAACUGGCGCUAUGUUGUGGUAUCCCUUCCCUGCUGAAUUAUGAGAGGCUCCCGUUAGUACUGGCAUUCUGCCAGCUCUCAAAGACACCCUUCUUUGGACAAGCAUUCCCCUGAACUUGGAACUUCCUGAUCUAAUUGCUUUCAUUGAUUUUUAAACUGUUUUGCUUUUUAAGAGGCUUGUUUUGUUGUAUAUGUUAUUUAUGCAUAUUUUUAAUGUUCUGCUGAACUGAUAAUAAUAGCCAAACACAAGUUGAUUUGUUUCUCUUGUAUCUUCCUCAGCCAGCUAUGCCCAUGUGUGCUAUCCUCUAUUUGGGGUAGUCUAACAUCACAGCACAAUGAAAAUAUCAGAUUCUAUCUGUCUGACAUUAAACCGGAAGUAACUGCAAAAGUGGCUGAGUUUUUAUCAAUAGUAUCUCUUAAGAGUGGUGAAUGGCACUAUUUAGUGGGAAGAAACUCCAAUGAAAACCCUCGUUAUUACAUAUUUUUACAUGGCUGUUUAUUUGUAUAUAUUUUAAAAAUUUAUACAUGGAUGUUUUAUGAUGGCCUAUAUUUGUAAUGCCUAAUAAAGGUUUGGUGUAGUAAGUAAGUAAGUAUAAUUAUAGGACAAGUCUGGUUUGUUCUUUUUCAUGGCAAUGGAAGUGUCUCAGAUAUGUUUCCCCGCCCCCUUAUAGCUUAAUUUGGAAUUUAAACUCUUUUGCUUGACAAUAGCCAGUCACUAGAACAUAAAAGAUAUAUAGACAACCUGGCUGGAUAGGUAAUUACUGUUCAUUUUUCAGGACUAGCCUUCUGACAAAUUGAGACCUUUUCUAUUAUUAUUUUUUUGCAAACAAUUAUCCAUGACCCUAUAUUACAGCACCCUUUGCAUACAUCCGUCUUUGGGGAAAACACAAAGCUCUAAUAGUUCAUAAUUUGAGAGCAGCAACACAAUGCAAUAUAGUGUUUUGUUCAGGAGCAAUAAUCUUUUUCUACACAAUUCCUGUGCUAACCAGCUCCCUGUAUUGCAGUGUCUCAUUUCAUUCUUUCAUCUCAUGCCCACACAGAUGCAUGCACUUGACCUGAUUCAUUACAUGUGUGCUAAAAACAAAGGCGACUUGGCAUCAGCUUGUGCGUGGUUAUUUGGUUUGAAUGAGUUCAUACAAGUUAAGUGAAGCUUGUAUACUUGGAAGUCUUGUCAUAAUGCUUACUAUACAUGUAGCAAAUAUUGUGUGAAUUAGCUUCAAGUGCAGCAGAAUGAGGCGGGGGGAGAGAAUUGUAUCAAGUCUGGAGGUAGGGGGUGCCAAAUACAGUUUUUAAUGGUCUCAAAUGUUAAAAAAGAACCACAUGAGAAGGCUGGGUUACAAUAUCUAAUAUAUAGCCUACCACUUUAGGAUUCCAUAACUUUAUUCUGCUACUUGUGUAGAUCCAGCCUCAGUCUUGUCUUAAAAUAAUAAUAAUAAUAAUAAUAAUAAUAGUAAUAAUAAUAAAUUUUUAUUUAUAUCCUGCCCUCCCCAGCCGAAGCCGGGCUCAGGGCAGCUAACAACAAUAAAACAGUACAACAGUACAACACAACACAACACAACACAACACUCUAAAAUCAUUCAUUAUAAAAUUAAUUCAAAUCAAACCAAUGACAACCAUUGGGCCAGAGCUCCGUGAAGAUUGCCGAAGGAGGGAGUCAGGCUGUGCCCUGGCCAAAGGCCUGGUGGAACAGCUCUGUCCUGCAGGCCCUGCAGAAAGAUGUCAAGUCCCGCAGGGCCCUACUCUCUUGUGACAGAGCGUUCCAAUAGCAAUGGACAGUAGUCUACAGUUUAGGAAAACCACGGUGCUUCUGCAGUUGAUUAUGAAAUGGCAAAGAGCUGCUUUCAAAUGGCACAUGUAAAUCAUCUUUCAAACACUCAUUCUUUUGGAUCAUGGCCAAAGCUAACACCAUCCACUUCAAAGAAGGUCUCUACCUUUUUCUAGACAUAAUUCAGAUUCUCAAGAUUAGAAGUUUUUCCUGUAAACUAGGAUACCUCCGGUGCCAUCAUUGCAGCAAUUCAACAACUAAUUAAUUUCCUUUUAGUUAUCAGGUAUUCAUUCCCUUUCGUGUGUUACCUCUGAGUAUCUGGGUCUCUAAUCUGGGUUUCUAAAAAUGAAGCCGCACUGAACAGUUUGAAAAAAGUAUUAGAAGGAAAAUGGAAGGCGAAGUACAAUUGUUCCAAGACACCAUUAGUAUAUCAGAGGCGGUUCUCUCACUUCCAUGUAAGUUACUGCCUGUUUUUCUGCUGAGUUCAAGUUAGAUAUCUUCCAUGCAUAUCUUUCAAUACCUUGGUGGGUGUCAUAGUUAAAAAUUUCCUGAUUUUUCCUACCCAUGGUGCACAGUACAGCUAUCAAAGAAAUAAUUUGAAUGGCCAUAAGAUAAGAAUAGCUGUAGUCAUUGUCGCUGUUUUAUCAUACUGUGCUUCCAGCUUGUACAAGAUCUCCAGUACCUCUUGAAGGAGACUGUGAAACUGGGCCAGUGCUAUCUGGGGAACCAUAAAUCUUGCAAUAUAUUAAAAAGUGUAUGAACAAGCCCUUAGAGGUUGAUCAGCAUGAAAUGCAAUGCUAAAUGGAUGUUAAUGGGCUAUCCUUAACUCUUAUUAGAUUGAGCAACAAUCUGCAGUGCAACAAUUUAGUCUUUAUGGUGCCACAAGACUCUUAUUUGCUCAGCCUGAAUGUGCAUUGUCUACCUUUGUGCAUAUGGUUCACAACUUUGCUACCUGCUGAGAAAACCUUUCUUUUGAAGUGGAGAGGAACCAUAGAAGUUGAGCAUAUGCUGUACAUGCAGUAGGGUCCUGUUUGCACAUCACCCCCAAUCUCUGAGCAGUGUGAGAUUCCAGGGGGUUCCAGGUGCUUUACACAGGGUUCCUGCUCUCUUUUGGAAAUGAGGCACAGUGGAGACUGUGGUGUAUUUAUGACUUAUGGUUUAUGCCUUGUGUGCCUCCUUUUGGCAACUUCUGGCCACUAAGCUGGUGCCAAACGUAUUGUUCUGCUCUCCUUUGGAGCGCAUCAGCGAGGUCUUGUCAUCUGGGAUCUCCAUACAAGCUGCUCAGACUUGUGCCCCAGGGAAGUCAUUUUGGUGCUGCUAACACAGUGGUUUGACUUUACCACUGGAGGAGGUGCACUCCAUUGUCUCUCGAGACAGAUGGAUGCCAACGACAGCAACACACAUAUAUAACCUGAGCCUAUAGUGUAGUUCAUAGCAUUGGCCCCCCAAGAGGGACUUGUUUCUCCCAUAGCCACAGCCUUGGAUUCAGACAGACAUCAACCAUUGCUCUCAAACAUCUCUCUGACUCUCCUGCUUGCUGCUUUGCUUAUCCCAGUCACAUAACUCCCAACUCUAAAACCCCUCUUCCAACUCUGCCUUUGUCUUCAAAAACUAACCAUGAGUUGAGAGGGCGGGUGCUGUCUGGCACAGAACCCCUCCUCACCUUCACCCCAGGUGACUUCCUCAUCAGGAAACUGGCCUGGCUUAUGUUUCAACAUUUGCUGAAUCCAGGGGUUCAGUGUGUGGCACCCAGAAACUCAUGACACGGGGGAGACUGGCACCCACAAACUCAGUCCAAAAUUCAGCCCCUCCCCUCCCCAAUUAAAAGUAUUAGGUAACAAAAAGACAGGAAAGACUCAAAUGAACGUACCAUAUUUUUCCGUCUAUAAGACGCCCCCAUGUAUAAGACGCCCCUAUUUUGGGGGACUCAGAUUUAAGAAAAUGGCCUCGGCACUAUCCGUGUAUAAGACGCCCCCUUAUUUUUGACAUUAUUUAUUAGGGGGGUGAAACCUAGUCUUAUACACAGAAAAAUACACUACUUUCAGUCAUUAUGUUAUUUGUUUAAAUAUUUAUAGACCACACUUUCAUAUGAAAUAUUGCAAGGUAGUAUACUACCUAAAAAUGCAAUACUACAGUAAACAUAAUAAAAAUGUCAAACACACCAGUAAAAGCUGUAUAGCAAAACAAAACUAAGCAAAACCCUCAGGUUUGAACGGCCAGUCUGAAUAAUACAGUUUUUAAAAGAUGCCUGAAAGAGAGCGGGGAUGACUCUUGCCAAACAUCUGUUGGCAAGGAGCUCCACAGAGCAGGGCUUGUCAGUCCCUGGUAAAGGCCAGCCAAACUUCAGGAGUAUGUGGGACUGCUGAAAAUGCCCCAUUGGAAGACCUCAGCAACACAGGUGAAGCAUAUGAAGUCAGGUGGUCCUUAGACAAUACUAGGCUGGGCUAGAUGAACAUGUAGCAUAAGGCAGCUUCUUCUGAACUGACUUCCCCUCUGAAUCCUUGCAGUGCAUGAUAAAACAUCAUUGACUCAAAGCACAUAUGUUAUUGAAGAGUCCUGCUGAAGUUCUAAGGUUCUAAAAAUUACCCAAGGAAACCCACAUUCUAGCAAAAUGCUCUCCACCAGAUGUCCAGCUCUACAAUUAAUGCACUUUGUUUUUCUUACGCACAUGCUCAUUUAUAAAGCACGAACCUUCAGCCCAGCUUUCCAUAGGAAAGAGGUAUUUCUUAACAGCAGCUGUAGCUAGAAAGGAUGCUACCAAAUCUUCUUCUGCUCUGUUGAUCAAGGAGAAAGCCACAUGCUAUCAAAGGCUGCGUAGAUGAUGCAGACACCAAGUGAUCCUGUGGCUUCUGACUGUGCCCACUAGUUAAAGCCAGUGUCUGGACUCUCUGAAAGGGAAACUCCUAUGUGAGCAAUGUUAAGGAAUUGCUCAUGUGGAAGGAAGCCCUUUCAAACGGGAUGGCAACCUGAAAACGCAGGUGUUUUGUCGGAAGGAUUUUAGUUCAAGUGCAGUGAAAUCUUUGAGAGUUUUCCCCCCUAACACCCCCUUCCCCAUGGAAUGGCAGUCUUCAUUCCCGAAUUGGGGGUGGGGUGGGGGCUGUGAAGGCAAGUGUGCAUAGCUAUUAGUAUUGUGAAAGAAAGCUACAUAAGCAAAAGGUAAAUGUAGCACAAUUUGUCCCAGUUGUGGGGAAUAAAAUCUUGGAAUGUUUGAAUAUUUAAAUAUUGAAGAAGUUGGGUAUGUGCAAUCUGGAGAGGAGAUGAUUAAGAGGUGAUAUGAUGACCAUUUUCAAAUACAGUCAUACCUUGGAAGUUGAACGGAAUCAGUUCUGGAAGCCAGUUUGACUUUCAAAAUGUUCGGAAACCAAAGCAUGACUUCUGAUUGGCUACAGGAAGCUGUGGAAGCCCAGUCUGACAUUCGGGUUCCAAAGAACGUUCUCAAACCGGAACACUCACUUCCGGGUUUGCGGCGUUCGGAAGCCAAAACGUCCGAGUACCAAGGCGUUUGGGAUCCAAGGUACGACUGUAUUUGAAGAACUGUCACAUAGACAUUGGAACACAUUUGCUUUCUGCUGCCCCAGUGGGUUGAGAUAUAACUCAACACUCUUACCCAACUCUUGAACUCAGCACACUUACCCCCAAAAUACUUUUUUGGUGAUACACACGUAGCCACCUUAUGAUACACAGCAAUAUUUUGUUGCAAGUGAUAUUGUAACAAUAUAAUUGUGAAAUGUCUAAAGAAUCUAGGCCUGAUUCAGGGCGUAUAAAUAGACAGACCUUGUCCAUUGGGCUUGCAUUCUAAUUAGGCAAAACUAAAACUAUAAGUAUAACUAAGAGAUUGAAAACUGGAGGAGGAACAGAUGAACAGAAAUAAUUAGGCAUAAGCUAGCUGACAUAAAGAUUUUUUUUUUCCAUUAAGGAAUGAUAAGGAACAUUUAAAUAAAUGUUAAGAGACUAAUUAAGUGAGUAAAUUAGCUGGUAAAUAGAUUAGAGAAAGGAAGAAGCAUGAAGUGGUGGGAAGGACACAGCAUUUAGCAAAGUGAAACUAAAAAUAAAAGUUAAGUCAGAACUAGAGAAUGAAAGUGAAUACAUGAUCAUUAUAUAAAAAAGGGUAGGUAAUGGAAUGCAAAACACAAACAAAAAGCUUAAGGUGCGCAUAAGGAAAAAGCAACUAAAAGAGCAUAACAAUUAUCCAAUCAGGAUAAAAUAAGAGAAUGAGCCAAAGUGUGGGCAGAAUAAACAGAAAGAAAAGAGCAAAUGUUAGCAAUAUUUGACAAGUGAACACAGUGAAAGUUAGGAAAUGAUGAAAUCUGAGAAGAAGAAAAUAUAACAAAAUAAGACCAAGUUCUCUUGGUUGAAGAAAAGAAAAGAAAAGAAAAGGGGAGGUAGACUUCGGAAAUACAGCCAAAACUAGAAAAAAUAGAAAUGAACAGACAGUGGAAAAGGAAUGCAAACAAGGAGCAGGGGUGAGUGAGGGAUACCGCUAGAUUCAAAGCAUGGCGUGCAAAAGUGAAUAAAAGACAGGAAAGUUUAAAAGAAUCAAGAAGAGCAAGAAAAUAUUGAAGUGACAAACAUGAGACUGGUUGACGUGGAUGUUUUUGUUUUUCAAGAAUGGAUUUUCCUUUUCCCAUAUAAUAUGCAACUAGGAAAAUAAGUUAGGUUUCCAAAGUUAUUCAUAAGACUUAAUGACAGUUCGGUCUUACUGUUUUAUUGCACUCAUGGUUUGGUGUGAUUAAAAAACAUAUGCACUUCUUGUAUCUGUGAGGAUGAAGGGCAGCCUAAAAGCAUUCUUAUUAAAUGAAUAAAUGAAAUAAAAAUGCAUCUAAACCAUUGUACAAUGUGACCUAAAAAUUAUCACAAUAAACAGUAGAAAACAUAGGAAAAUGCCAUAUGCUGAGAAGGACCAUUGGUCUGUUCUAGCUCAUUAUUGCGUACACUGAUUGGCAACAACUGCCCAGGGUUUCAUGAAGGAGUCUUUUCCGACUGGGGAUUGAACUGGGAACCUUCUGCAUGCAAGGCAGAUGUUCUGUCUUUGAGCUAUGGGCCUUCCUACCAUGCACUUUGACUUGCAAAGGGAGUCUUCAUCUGUUGCUCUGCCUCAGUCAGCAAAAUAAAUUGGGCAAACGUAAUAGUACGAAAACUUAGGCGGGCAUUUGUGCACCAUAAGGUCCUACUGAACCAAAUGAGUCUUCAAGAGAUGCUGAAAGCUUAUCACCAUACCAGUGGUAAAUUAUGGGAGAGGACAUUCCACAUACCCCCGCAGAAUAGGCCAUUUGGUUGCUGAAUUUCAGGUUUCCCUAUGUUGUGGGACAACCAGAAUUCAGCGCAUCAGCCACUGAACUUAGCACAUGGAGAGAUUCAUGCUGGAGGAAUGCUCCUUCAAAAAUGCAGGUGUCAAGUUGUUUAGGGCUUUGUAAGUCAUUACCGGUGUACCUUGAGUAUACUUGAAGGACGUUACAUGUACUGAAAUCAGAAGAUUCAAGACACCAACCACAUCUAAAAUAUGGCACAAUUCAAGAACCCAGUUAAAUGAAUUGAUUCUAUGGUAUGAAGUUGAUUUAUGAUGAUGACAUGAACUAUGGCAAGUCUCUGUCAGUACCUAUCUACUAAGAAGUCAAUCCCAAUUGCACUUCCAGGUAAGUCUGUAUAAGAUUGCAAAUGCAGCCUAUUUUUCCUGCAUUAUUUAAGAUUUAAGAUGCAAGAUUUAAGAUUUUGUAUGUAGUUCUUUGAUACCUGAUAAACUCAUUUAAAAAUGUUUCUAGUUUCCCCCUAUCUUUUAUAUUUAACUUAUAACUAAAAUAAGAGAGGGAGAAUAGUGGAUGUGUCUAACAUGGUGUACUUUUUCAAGGCACAUUCCAAUAACCCUUGUAGCACACUAUGGUCCGUGAGACUAUCUCUAUUGUGCGAUCUUUGUAAGAUUCCCUGGGGCAUCUCAAUGGCCAUGUGAGAUAUUUAGUGCUGGCUCACAUUAUCCUUUUUUGUGUGGUCCAGCAUGAUACUUAGAAUCAUAGAGCUGGAAGGGACCACAAGGGCCAUCUAGUCCAACCCCCUGCAAUGCAGGAAUCUUUUGCCCAACAUGGGCAACCCUCAAACCCAUGACCCUGAGAUUAAGAAUCUCAUGCUCUACCGACUGGCCUAUUCCACUUCUUCUAGUGUCUUUUUGUUUUAACUUCUAUUUCUAUGUGUGUUUCCAAAAAACUGAAAAUACACUUUUGUUAGCAUCCUCUUUUAUGCUGGUGAGUUAAACGGGUAUCUCUUGUAAUUGCUACUGUUGGUAUUAUUAUUAUUUAUAUAUAACAUGCUAUAUUUAAAUCAGAACAAACCCUUCUGUGCCCUGCAUUGCAACUGUUAGGUAGACCAUAUGUUAAUAAGAACAUUUCAUUGUAAGUAAACAGUUUAUUGCACUUGAAAAUAACCAGUCAGGCUCAAAAAGACUUUCACCAACAGCACAGGCUUGUAUGAUGUGUAGAAAUUAUUAUCACCACUCAAUGACAUUUAUUUUAUGUAUAUAUAUUUUUAAAUAACUGACACAAUGGCCACAUUCACACAUAAAGCUAAGCCAAGUUGUGUGGUUUGUUUAACCCAUAAUGUGCACAAUCACACAGCUCAAAUGCUCUUAUUUUGCUCUUUCUUUUGUCUAUCAAGGAGCAACAAACCAUGAGCCUUGACGUAGUGUGAUGUCCAAACCAUUGCACUUUGUUUUUUAUUAAUCACUGCCCAUCUCAAAACCACAUGUCAUUAAAAAUAUAGUAGUGCAAACAGCAUUUAUACCAGUGGAGACUGCAAAACUCUUCCAUCCUUCUAAAAAAAUGUCAGAGUUUCUGUGGUCUGAGAGAAGAUAGAAGAACCACAGAGGAAAUUCAGAAAGGCUGUAAUUGCAUGAUGGUGUUGUAUGGAUGUCUUGCAAAAAGUGAGUGAACAAACCACAGCAAUUUCUCGGUGAGCUUCUAUUGUGGAAGCACCGUUUCAGCCUUGAAAGUAAUGUGUACUAAGAAAACGAUAUUAUACUAAUGGAUGGCUUUGAUUUCUGAAUAUGCGCAAGCCUCACGUGAAAAGAGAGCCAACUGCAAUUUUCAGUAGUGCUUAUCGGUGCUUUUGCUGAUUUUAAAGUUCUGUCGUGUGCUUCUGCUUUUAUUUUUCUAAGAUGAAAGAUAAAUUGGUAAGAAUUGCUAUUUAAACACAAGCAUUUUUAAAUAGGCGGUGAAGUUAGAGGACCUGCAGGUGUGUGGUGCAGAAAGCAGAUAAAUUCUUUAAAAUAGUUUCAUGGAGGUGGUUUUGAGUAGGCUGGGUAGCAAUAAAGGUCUAGGAAUUGUAUACUGUGAAGUGUAGCAGUAUUUAUUUACCUGUCAUUCAAAACCCUCAUCCUUCUGCCAUACUUAGAAACAUGCCCAUGCAGCCCACUGGUGGGCGUGCCCACAUCUUUCUUUUAAUAAAGAAUGACUACAUAAGGUGUUUGAACUUUUAAAUCUUCUCAUUCCUGAGAUAAUCUUCAAAACACAUCACCAAUGCAGAUUACAUAAACCUAGUACAGGAGCCUUGCAGUACUGUUUAGGGCUCAUGAGAUGGUGGGAACAGGGAGGUUAUAGGAUGGGGUAGGUAAGAGAAUAUAUUUUUUCCUCUUUCCCACUAGCCUUGAAACCUUCGCCAGCCAAGCAGGUGUUUAUGAAGUGAUGCUAACUGGUGGGAUAGAUAUGUCAGUUUGCAUUUCUUAGUGCAGAAAAUACACAUCCGAUAUGUAGAGAUCUUUCCUAUUCUAAUUAAUUCAAGAGGGUUCUGGAAGCUUCUCUUGGUGAAAGAAACAAGCAGAAGGUUCAUGGUGUUUGGGUUAUUCCUUCAGAGAAGCUGAGUACAACUGGCUUAAAGUGGUUGUCUUAUCUCUUUCUGUCAAGGUCAUGCCGACUAUACAUGUAGGGCCAGAAGGAGCCUGCGUUUCAGUUUCUUUUUCUAUCUCUUUUCCUUCUGGUGUGGUGUUCCGUACAUAGUAUGCUUAGUGUUAAGGUUUGGACUUAUUAUAAGUUAUUGUAAGUUUAAGUUAAGUCUGCUGCAACUGGAUUUCUUUUGGACAGUGCCAAUUGUGAAUGUAUUGGAUUUGUGAGCAUUUGCCUUCAGUAGCAGUAAAGCUCUGCUGGAUGAAAUAUACCAAUUGCCUCUGGUCUAUUUUUUGGGAAUCCUGCAACGCAUUUAAGUUGUUACUCUCCUACUAUACGUUGGAAUCUGCUCUGGAUCAACACUGAGUAGAAUUUCAGUGACAAGAUAAGCACCAGGGCAACAGUUCCUGAUAAAGUAGAGGCUAGGUGAUGAAAUGUAAAAGUUUAAGCCACCUAGCUCUCCACAACGUCACCUGCCAAUUUAAUUUGAGGAAGAUGAACUGACUAGGAGUAUAUUCACAUUACCAUGGACUAUGCUUUCAGUGCACUCGCACAUGACAUUAGCCACAAUCCAUAUUGAUUCUCCCAUUUCUUGACCAGCACUGCUUCAAUCCAACUAGAAAACUGGAUUUGAAGUUAGAGGUAAUGUGAACAUAUCUUAACAGCCGCUGUGCAUGUGCAGGUGAGCACCCAUGCACAGUGGUGAAGCUGCAUGCUCUGGCACUGGGGGGGCAGAGAGCAGGCGGGGGCAUGGCUGCUGCACGUCCCGGGGCUAUGGUGCGCAUCCUGGGGCGUGGCACGUCACCCCGUGGGGUGUGGCAUGCAUCUGGGGGCGUGGCUCCCAGCAUGGUGGGGGCGUGUACGGUUCCUGUCCGGGGGCAGCUGCGAUGGUACCCCCCUCCCCGAUGGUGCCGGGGGCUGUGUGCUCUCCCCAUUCCUCCGCCAGUGGCCAUGCACAGAUGACAGCUUCAUGAAUAGAACUUCUAAGGGGGUUGCAUGAUUGGGAAACCCAAAGCAUCCUGUGCAUCAGGUGAAGGCCUCCUCACCCCUUAUCUGAUGUGAGCACCGUGCAAAUGGGGUUCAAAAUAUGUGGGAGACCAUGCCGCAUUUUAAGCUGCUAAUAUGAACAAAUGCUAAGCAGGAGUUAAACUCAUCCCAAGUUAUGCAAGAACCUUUUAUCUUCAAGUCGAGAUGUGACCAUUUUAAAGUUUAAAAAGGUUUCUGUUCCUGAAGUGUAUUUACAUCAAUACAGUGGUACCACGGGUUACAUACACUUCAGGUUACAUACGCUUCAGGUUACAGACUCCGCUAACCCAGAAAUAGUACCUUGGGUUAAGAACUUUGCUUCAGGAUGAGAACAGAAAUCGUGCUCCGGCGGUGCAGUGGGAGGCCCCAUUAGCUAAAGUGGUGCUUCAGGUUAAGAACAGUUUCAGGUUAAGAACGGACCUCUGGAAUGAAUUAAGUACUUAACCCGAGGUACCAGUGUAGUACUUUAGAACUUGAGCUCCAAAAAGAAGAAUAAGGAAAGGAAAAAAAGACCAUCUGUCCCAGUAUUACAACACCACCCCUUGUAAAACCUGGCAAUAAUUCUUGGCAAAGGGAUAUUGUUUAAAUAUUUGAUUUUCCAGGAGGAAUAACAAGCAUUAGGGAACAUUCAGAACUGUGGAAGGAACAGUGGUUUGUAGCAGGUAGCCUCUCGGUUUUGCCAUUUAGCAUUUUAGUUUCUGGUUUGAUUAAUUAUUUACUCAUUUGUUUUAUCUCUAUGGCACUUCAUAUUCAUGCGAAUCCCCAAAGGGUUUACAACCAGUCAGAAGCAACAGCAAUAAACAUACUGGAACAUCAUUGUUACAGCACACACACACACAAAAUCACAAUUACAAUGCCUGGGCCAAUUAAAGCUGACCAAACAAGUCAUAUACUGUAAUAUUAAUAAAGUGAUGCAAUGGGAAUUUAUGCCUGUAAACAUGACAUGGUGAGAAUUUCAUUGAACAUGCACGUGGCACAGAGACUAAAAUUUAAUAUGCAAGGAAAUCCAUUUUGAUCAUGAAACACAAGCAGAAAGGGGUACCAGGAAAUCACAUGCAUUAAAUAAAGGCCAUGGUAACCAUCUGUUCAUAAUAAUUGAAUUGCUACUGAAUAUAAACUAAAAAGGAAGGGAAGAAAUUGAGUAUAAUAGACAGCAUUUCCAGUUUUCCAUCAGAAAUACAAACAAAAUCUUCUCCAGAUUUAAUCCUUUUGUCUUUUAUGUCUAAAGAGUAUAAAUCAUUUUUUGUGCAUAUUUUUUAUUAAAUUUUCUCUUUUACAAUUUAGAAUAUUCAUUUAAACAACCUUAAAAUGUCAAUGACUUUCAUUCUUCUCUUUCCAUGGUUCAUUUUGCAUAUAUAAAUCCCUGCAUAUUUUACAUAAACUAAACCAUUCAUUAAUCCAUUAUUGCAUCCAUCAAAACUUGUUUCCACUGUUGAAUUUAUCUUAAUGCUUCCAACGUUAAGAAUAUAAGUCAUUUUUCUUCCUCAAAGAUUUUGCUUAAGACCAAGAACAAAAGCUGAGAAGAAGAUACACUUCUUGACAGAAAGUCGCCUGAUGUAAUCCCAGACUAUUUGUAUUAAAGUGGAUUUUAGUGGAACGUUUAAAUGUUACAAAACAAAAUAAAGAUAUUUAUUUAAAAAAUAAUGCUAAUAAUGUUAUAAUGUUGGAAGGCUAUGUGAGUUUACUCACCUAACCUUUCUAUACUUCUUACAGUAUAGUUAUUAAGAUUCUAACAUACAAAUUAGGGAUGAACCCUAAAACCCACAAAACAUCAUUGAUGUGACACCACAAUGAGAUAUGCGCAAUUCUUACCACAUGGCUAAUUGUGGUCACUAACAGGCAUAGUCCUAUGCAAACUUACCUAAGAUUGAAUUCCACAUAAUUAAAUGGAACUGGCUUCUGAGUAGACACACAUAGGAUUUUGCUGCAAACUGAUAUGUCAAAAGUUGACCCAUAUAAUAUCACUAAUUACCUUAAAUCUCAGCUCUUUGAGUCAUAGUAAGAUUCAUAACCUCACUUUUCAAGGUAAUAUAUGAAUUGCACACUGGAAUCAAUAGAUGAAGCAUGCGUGAGUUCUUGAAAAUUAUAAUCUAGGUCAUGGUACUAUGAGCACAACUCUGCCCUCACUUUAGCAUAUUUUGAAAUGCUUGGGGUCAAAAGUCUGUGGCGGGUGGUGGUGGGGGAACUAGAGUGCUUUAAUAUUUGAUUGAGUUAAAUAAGUACGGGCACUGCUCCACUGCAGCACUUUGCACUAAUGUAGCUCUGGCAAAAAGAUGGACAGUUAAACAAGCCAUAUUUAUUGGCUGCUGACUCUAUUUGAAGCUUCGGAGGAAUAUACAGUGAUACCUUGGGUUAAGAACUUAAUUUGUUCUGGAGGUCUGUUUUUAACCUGAAACUGUAUUUAACCUGAAGCACCACCUGAAGCACCACCGGAGCACGAUUUCUGUUCUCAUCCUGAAGCAAAGUUCUUAACCCAAGGUACUAUUUCUGGGUUAGUGGAGUCUGUAACCUGAAGCAUCUGUAACCUGAAGUGUAUGCAACCCGAGGUACCACUGUACAGGAAAGAGAGCAUUACAGUGGUACCUCAGGUUAAGUACUUAAUUCGUUCCGGAGGUCCGUACUUAACCUGAAACUGUUCUUAACCUGAAGCACCACUUUAGCUAAUGGGGCCUCCUGCUGCCGCUGCGCCGCCGGAGCACGAUUUCUGUUCUCACCCUGAAGCAAAGUUCUUAACCUGAAGCACUAUUUCUGGGUUAGCGGAGUCUGUAACCUGAAGCGUAUGUAACCUGAAGUGUAUGUAACCCGAGGUACCACUGUAGUAUCUUGAUAUGUGAAUCUAUGAGGAAGCUACUGAUUACCCUUGCAUGCUGAUAUGUGUGUGGGGGUGUUAAAAAAAAGAAUAGCAGCAGGCGUACAGAGUUCUGUCCCCCCCCCAUUGGGGGUGCCCCACACAUAUGUGUGAUACCUGACACGGCGAGUGCUUGACAUUACACGGCAUGAAGGGGCCCGAUGGGGCCCUUUGCGCCCUGCAAAAGCCCCCCCCCCCGGAAUGUCCUUCCCCUAGAGGCACAACUGGCUACAACACUUUUGUAAUUUGGUGCCAUGUGAAACCUCUUAUGUUCACCUCGGCCUUUUAGAGCUAAUUAGGAGUUUUGACACUGCUGCAAGCUAGGAGUUUGGUUUGUGGCUCCUUGUGUGCUUUUAAGAACAUGUGGGAUUUUAUCUGCUUUUAUAAAUGGUACUAAAUUCAGUUUUAUUGCAACACUGUUCUACUGUUUUAUGGUAUUGCGACCUGCUGUGGAAUCGUAUGGUGAAAGGUGAGCUAGAAAUUGCCUUACGAGUAUAUUGAAUAUUAUUUACUAGCGGUAAAUAUUACUAUUAUUAAUAAUUAAAUAUUAUUUUUUAAAUAUAUAUAAAUAAUUUAUGGGACAAGCGUUUGACACCUAAAAAGCGGCUGUGUGUGUGUGUGUGUGUGUAUAAUGCAGAACAUGCUAAUUAUCUCUUGUUUUAUCUCCCCCGUUACUGAAAGUCUAUACCACAAUAGCUUUCCUAACCUUUCUAUGGCAAUUCAAAGCAAAAUUAUUAACUUUGACCAUUCCUCCCUCUCUUGGGCUAUUCCUUUCCAUGUGCAGAUGCAUCAUACCUGCCAUUCACACCUGCUUGCCCACUGAGAGCAAUCAAACAAUACAAGCCAGCAGCUGUUUUAUGACCCAGAUAAAUCAGAUGGAGACAUGCCGCUGUUCUGUGUCAAAGUAACCUUUUUGGAUGUUGUCUUCCAACUUUUUCCUCUAUGGAGACUGCUUCCAUAUGGCAAGGUCACUUCGCUCCCCCCUCCCCGCCCCCGCAUGUGGCCUUCUCCAUAUGCCCAGGUUACUUAUGAAAAAGCUGGUGGGCAGUCAAUGGCGAAAGCUUUCUUUUUUCUUGGCGCAACCUUGACUCCUCUACAGUAAUUUGUUUCUUUUCAGAGAGUUCUCCUUCUCUCCCAUCCGAGAGAAAAUAACACUCGGGAGUCACUCUUCUCCUUGCUAAUCAUAUCACUUGUCUAAGGGAAGCUGCUGCUGUCACAAAAAUCGUAUUUGCAACAUGGAAUGGGUUUCUCACGGCUGGCAAUUAUCCAGGUUAAGUCAUUCAUUCUUGACAACUUCUGUUACUUGAAUCACUCAGCCUGAAAAACACACACAAAAAUUAUGUUAUCUCCAAAUAUGUUUUAAUUAAAAGCCUUUGCAUAAGAUUUUUCCUAAAUAGAGAAGGGAAAAAAGAUAUACAGCCCAUUAUGAUGUGUGAAAAUCAUGCCAUAGUUUAUUUUGUUAUGUGUACAUGAGAUUAAGAAACCAGUACAUGAAGUUCCUUCUAGGUGUUUGUAUGCAUCAAAAUAUAACAGCCUGCAGUUUUCACACAUCUUGUUGUAUACAUUUUUCUCUACAUGGAAAUUAAUGCAGUGCAGUGUUGCAUUAAACAGCCUUAAUAUUUAUUCAAUUCAUGUUGGGGGAGAAAGUGUUUAUACCUUAAUAAUGAAUAUUUUCUCUUUCGCAAUGGUUUUACUGUUGGAACUAACAUCUGUUAUGUGAAUGACGCCUAACAAGACACUCCUUUGCAUGUUUACUCAGACAUAAGUCCCACUGUGUUCAGUGGGACUUAUUCAUUGUGAACAUGUCUGAGGACGUGGUACAAUGAAAGGAUAGUCAAAUUAAUUAUCAGUACACAUAUUGUGACAAAAACGGGAGCAAAAUAAUUCAGUGAUAAAGAUGAAAAACUUUGUACUAGACAUGAAGCAGAUGUGACUGAUGCCAAUCUUUUUGUACUUCUGUUUCGCCAUUGCAAUGGAUUUUGUAACAUGCUUCCAUAAUCUGAUUUUUUUUAAAAAAGAAAAUUUUUUGAUUAUAGGACCGUGUGUUAGGACACAUUUGUGCAGAAUGAGAGGCAAAAGUGUCAUUUGAACAAUCCAAACCACCCAGUUAUAUGCAUAUUCCAUAGUACAGCGGUACCUCGGGUUACAUACGCUCGAGGUUACAGACUCUGCUAACCCAGAAAUAGUGCUUCAGGUUAAGAACUUUGCUUCAGGAUGAGAACAGAAAUCGUGCUCCGGCGGCGGGGCGGCAGCAGCGGGAGGCCCCAUUAGCUAAAGUGGUGCUUCAGGUUAAGAACAGUUUCAGGUUAAGAACGGACCUCCGGAACGAAUUAAGUACAGGUACCACUGUAUAUCUAUCAGUGCAGGAAAGCCCCAUGCAGUGAUGGUUUUGCCCCCUUCUCUCAUAGGAUAUGAGCAGUAGCAUCAUUUCAGGACAAGGGAGCAAAUAUGCUUUAAACUUCUCUGGCAUUGUCUUUACUGCAGCCAACAGGCAUAGGGAAAUCACAAAAGUACCACCAUUGAUCAGAAAGCACUGCCCCAUCACUAAGCCAUGACUUGACAGGACAAAGGAAUGGGCAACAGAUGCUGGGAGGCAGUGUUAUCACAGAUAUUCCACGCAGCCGUAGCGUGCCUCCUCAUUCUUCCGGAAGCUGGUAGAGGAGAACACAAGCUUUUCGAUACAAAGUUGAAGUAUGCAGGAGAAACAAGCCUGUACUCUAGACAUCAAAAGAUGGGGGAAACUGUUCUGUUUAUCUGUGUCUAUCCUUUUGUAGCUUUUGGAAAGUUUCCUGAUGACAGACAAAUCAAAUUGUUGCAGGCUUUGGCAGUUUUUGCAACUAUCUUCCACCAGUCAUUUUGGUUUUGUGCUCCCCCCCCCCCCUUUUAUAUAUAUAAAAAAGGGAGUGUGUUCCAUUUCUGUAAUGAAGGAUGUAAAAUCAUGAGAUUGUAGCAUAAAUAUGAUGAAUGCUGUGGAAUAUCUGUCUGCCUGCGAUCAAAUAGAAGCUGAAGUUUGUUACUACCUUAAGAAAUGAAACUGACUACACUAGUUUGAUUACAGAUCUGUUUCUCAGUUGUUACACAUUUACAGCAUUUAUCACUGCCACCACCCUGGAAGUGGAUCAAGUUUUGUUCCUCGCUUUCCGUCAAAUGCAGAUAUACAGCUGAUACAGAUAUAGAUACACAUAUUCAUAUACAGAGAGACGGAGGGGCCUUGUACAGUCCUCAUUAUUUAAUUAGGCUUUUAACCCCUAAUUAAACAUUUGGCUGGCAGUGAAAGGGAAAGUAGAAGGCAGAGGGCCUUUUUGGCAGUGGUGGCCUCCCUGUGAAACACCCCCCACCUUCAGAUGGCAAGGAGAUAAAGAACUACAAACUUUCAGAAGACUUCUGAAGGCAGCCCUGUAUUGGGAAGUUUUUUAAUGUUUGAUGUGUCCAUCUCCUUCUCCCUGCACCUGAUUACAUGUUUAAUCAAGGAUUUAAACCCUAAUUAAACAUCUAGUUGGCAGUGAAGAGGGGAGGAAGGAAGGAAGGAAGGAAGGACAAGAGAGAGUCUCUUCCUAUGUCAUCUCCCCCCCUCCACCAACCCUAUCUUUAAUUAGUGUUUAAAAUCCUGAUUAAACAUGUGGUUGCCUGAGCCCCCUGCUUUUAGCAGCCCUGGACUGCUCUGGGUGGGCCCAACAAGAAGCAGACCUGGAGCUGCCUUGACCUGCUCUGGACAAAUCCCAGGUUGACCCAAAUUGCCUGGUUUGGAUUAACAAUGAGUUUUUAGAAAUGAAAACGUCUCCACAUCAUGGAAUGCAAGAAUAUGAUAUGGUCGAAGAGAUCCCAAACUCAGGUGUGUGAGAGGUUUUAUGGGGCUUGGGGUGGGGCUGGCAGUUUUGCCAAUUUUCUGCACAAUCCAAAUCUCAGCUCCACCCGAGCGGAGAAGUUUGUAUGCAGCAGAUCUUGGGCUGUGCCAGCUGAGCUGGGGCGAAGAAGAGGAGGAGGAGGAGGAGGAGGAGGAGGAUGAGGAGGAGUUUGGAUUUGAUAUCCCACUUUAUCACUAUCCUAAGGAGUCUCAAAGUGGCUAACAUUCUCCUUUCCCUUCGUCCCCCACAACAAACAGGUGAGGUGAGUGAGGCUGAGAGACUUCAGAGAAGUGUGACUGGCCCAAGGUCACCCAGCAGCUACAUGUGGAGGAGCGGAGACGCGAACCUGGUUCACCAGAUUACGAGUCCCACCGCUCUUAACCACUACACCACACUUGCUCUCCAGUACUAAGCCAGUAUAAAUCCCCCAUCCUGGCUCAGUGGGCAUAAAUCCCAGCCCUGACUCUAGCAUAAGUUCUGCUGGCUUCCUAUUGUUUGAACCGCUCUAUUUGCCACAUCUCUGGCUUUAUCUGUAGGUGUGUGUGUGUGUGUGUGUGUGUGUGUUUGCUUAUGCUCACUUUAUGUUACUCACAUUUACUAUAGACCCGUUUUGUCCUUUGUCACAAAAUCUACUAGGCUUUCUGCUGCUGAUGUAGAUUCAAUAAUCCACAGUAGGUAUUUCUACUUGUGUAGUUCUACGGAACAUCCCUCCACCCCCCGCUGGUGAAAUAUGAUUCAUUGGAGGAUUGUGGAAGUAUUAGACUACAGCGCUUACAUCUAUACCCAGAGGCCCAUAUUCAUAACAUAAUUUGCAUGUGUAGACUUGACAUUACCCUUCUGUUCAAUGCUUACUCCGUUAUUAUCUGAGAAUUGUGCAGAUGACCUCUGUUCAUUUUUAUAAAUGACCACAUCUGCCUGACCUGCACCUUUAUUACUCCACCAUGUGAUUUUUUUUCAAUUAAAUAUUAUUAAUUAGAUGCUAUUGUUCUGUAUCUAGUUUUUUCAAUAUGUUAAAGAUUCUGCAGAAAAGUGGGGAGGGGGGAGAGUAAAAGGAAGCAAGCCACCCAAUAGGAAUAGCUUUUCUUUUUUCGUGUGAUUAUAUAUUCACAGCCAUGUAUAUACAUCUAUAUCCAUAUUGACCCAUGUGAAUUGCUAAGCAGCUGGCUCUCAUUUUGUAUGCAGCACCACACCCUUAUGCACAAUGAUUGUCAUAUAGACUCCUUUGCCACAACGAAUCGAAAGCCCAACUGGAUCAGAAUGUGCCACAGGGAGAGAGGGUCACAAAGUGAGGAAGGGAUAUAGAUAAAGUGCCCCUUUUAAAGCUGUACUACCAAAAUGAUUAAGGUUUUAAAUGACAAUUUUAGUUUAUAAUUUAGUGAUCAAGAUCUAAUAUAUAUUUUUAACUGCCACUAUAUCUGAAUUGUCUCUGUUAUACCCAAUUGCAAUUCAAUGUAUUCCUGUUGUGUUUUAUGAUUUCCCUGAUAUUGUAAGUGAGCCGGAACUGGUCUGUGACCGUAAUAAUAAAAUUCAUUCGUUCAAGCGCCCCUUUUCUCAUUCCCUCCCCCCCCUGCAUUGCCUCAGUUUUUCAAACAGCAAGUGUCUGCUUUCCUCAUUUGCGGUACAGUGGUGCCUCGGGUUAUGAACUUAAUGCAUUCCAGAAGUCAGUUCUUAACCCGAAGCGUUUUUAACCUGAGGCACGCAUUCCCUACAUAGGCGUCCGUGGCCCUGGAAGUGGAUUAUGUUCUUAUCCCGGGGCAAAGUUUGCAACCCGGAGCACCUACUUCCGGGUUUGUGGAGUUCGUAAUGCAAAGCGUUCAUAAGUAGGAUGGUUCAUAAUCCAAGGUACCACUGUAGUGGGCUUCUUGGCAAAAUGUGCAUAUGUAGAAAUAAGUGCAUUUGUCAGCGUUUCCAUGUGAAUUUUUCCUAAUGCAUGCAAAUUUACCUAAUAUAAACAUUUUUGCAAAAUAAUUGCAAAAACAGUUUUGCAAAAAAACAAAAAUAACAUUUUUGUAUGUUGUUUUCAGUAAAAUAUCAUUUUAUAAUAAUAAUAUAAUUUAUUAUUUAUACCCCACCCAUCUGGCUGGGUUUCCCCAGCCACUCUGGGUGGCUUCCAACAAAAUAUUAAAAUACAAUGGUCUGUUAAACAUUAAAAGCUUCCCUAAACAGGGCUGCCUUCAGAUGUCUUAUGCACGCUUUACCCUAGUCUGUGCAUUAUUGUUCUUAGUAUUAGUAUUUACAUAUUUCUUGGCUGGAGAACUGCACUGCAAAAUUUGGAGAACUGCAAAUUUUGAGGGAUGAUUGUCAGGGACUGGUGGGGCUCUGAGGAGUGAGUUGUGGAGGCAGGGGGUUGGGGGCUGCUGACACCAGAGAGCAGACCAAUGAUUUAUGGGGUUUGGUGUCCGCGUGAGGCAAGAGUCAGGGAGGGGGAAAGAAGACAGGUCAGAGCAGUCCAAGGCAGAGGGGCGAAUGCAGGACAUGUCAGAAGCAGAGGAAGAGGCUGUCCUGGCGAGGGACUACCUAUGCUGUAUGGCAAACAAAUACUGAAACAGCAUUUCAAAAGCAGUUCACAAUGUGGCACAGUGGCAGCAAGUAGGGUAGGAAGCUAUUCAAGGCAGAAAAAUAAACAAACUUUCCACUGGGCUGGGAAAAGCCUGGAUACUCUUUAGAGCCUGGCAAUAAAUUUGCUGUCAUUAGGCUAAUGGUGAAAUAACUGGCUUGGUGAAGUAUUUGAUUUGCAGAAGCAAAGAAAAAAAAUGAACUAUGCCAAUUUGGUUAUAUUUUGUGACAUGUUUUAGAGAUGAUGCUGUCUUAACUGCAAGGAGAUAGACAGGAGAAGUGGGAAGUGAGUGUUUUGCUCAACAGUUUUGUACUUACUGCUUUCCAGCCAUGGUUUCUUGAUGUGCAGACGAUUCAGAACAUUUUCCCUUUAUUGUUUGUAAGCCUACACAGAUUAGAGUAGACUUUUAUUUAUUUUUUUCAAAUAAUUUUUAUUAACAGGCCAAUUAAAUCACAUUAAUUCCAAAUCACAUUAGUUCCAAAUUAUACUGCCAGAUUUUAAAAAUUUUAUUGGGGGUACCCAUAUUUCGAGCUCUGAAAGGGAUCCAAACAUCACUGUUUUUGCUGCUUUAAUUACACAGUUCUGUCCAGUUCUGUCCAGAAAGUCUCUUUGUUAUUUUCCUCAUCUUCUUGUUGUUAUCAUAUAUUCCUUUCUUUGUGAUCUCUGAUAAUCUUCACAAGCGGGUUGAAAACAAACAUAUCCUGUGUGGAUUUUACACUCUCCAAGAGCCAUAUCACAUAAAGGACAGACGCCAUUUCCACACCUCCACAAAGAACAUUCCCACAGUCUGUCCGCUGAUUUCCACAGGCCUGCGAAACUGUAUCUCAGGGGGCCCUGCCAGGUCAAAUCCACAUUCCGAUAACCAUACAUUCACAUUCCAAUGACCAUGGUCCUCCUCCCCCUCGUCCUCCUGUGGGCAGGCCUGUCUUAACAAAUCUCUAUUUGAAACUGCAUCACAAAGCUUUCCUUCCAUCAGACGUUCCCACCAGUCCUCUCUUUGAUCAGUAAUUUAUUUCCACACAGUUCUUAAUCUCCUGCUUGUGAUUAGUAAUUUGCAACGAUUCUUUCUCUCUGGGAGGGAGGAUUAUUGGGUACUCACAUAAGACAAAAAAAGAAACGUUUUUCCUCCCCCCCCUUUCUGUUUCGCUCCGACAUACCGAUCUUUUAAUGAUGAGUCUUCACUUGAUUUAUUGUCCAGCCCGUUGCUCCGCUCACAGAGAUCCCAUUAAUCAGCAGUCUUUACUCCUGAUCUUCACUUGAAGUAUGUGCAUUUGCUUCUAUUUCCAAUUAUAUAUUUCGAGCUGAUGCAAACCAGUGCGUGAUUCAGAGACAGCGUCCAGGAGAGCCGACUCCACCCAAGGGCUUUGUGCCUAGUGCCCUCACCCCAUUCUUUCGAAUCUGGGGGUGAAUUAUGGGCACAGCAGGCAAGGCAGUCCCCCCCAUUCCCUUGGGGGGGGCAAGGGAGGCUGCAUACUCCCAUAACAGCCUCUUAAUUACCUCGUGUGGGUUGGAGAGAUGUUAUUGUCGGCCAUCUUCCAAUGCGCCCCCUGGUGACCCCGAGAUUAGAGUAGACUUUUAAUUAUGGUGAGCUCCUUUGGGCAUGGCUUAUGAUGGAAAAGUAAGGUAAAGGUAAAGGGACCCCUGACCAUUAGGUCCAGUCAUAACCGACUCUGGGGAUGCGGCGCUCAUCUCACUUUACUGGCCGAGGGAGCCAGCGUACAGCUUCCAGGUCAUGUGGCCAGCAUGAAUAAGCCGCUUCUGGCGAACCAGAGCAGUGCACGGAAACGCCGUUUACCUUCCCGCCGGAGCGGUACCUAUUUAUCUACUUGCACUUUGACGUGCUUUCGAACUGCUAGGUUGGCAGGAGUAGGGAUGGAGCAACGGGAGCUCACUCCGUUGUGGGGAUUUGAACUGCCGACCUUCUGAUCAGCAAGUCCUAGGCUCUGUGGUUUAACCCACAGCGUCACCCGCGUCCCACAAUGAUGGAAAAGUAGUGCACAAUAAACCAGUGUUGUUGAUAGGUUCACUUGUCAGACCCAAUAGUAAAACAAGCCAACAAACAUCCAUUUGGGAGCUAAAAGACAGAUCCAAAAUCUAGAAGUGCACGGAUGUUCUUUCUUGGAAAAAUGAAAGCAGAAAAAAACGCUAGCAAAAUUUUAUUUGCAGGGUUUUGCAGAUGUUAGCAGGGUGUGUGAUUUCAAUCAGCAAAAUGGCAUGUGGGAAAGGUUAACGCCUCCCUCCCUCCUGCAGUCAUGUUCUUUAUUCUCUGCCAUCCUUUGGGGGAGACACUAUCUUGUCCUUUGCUUCAGUCAGCCAAAUGUCUUGGGUUGGCCCUGUUCCUCCACAGCUGCUAUCAACAGAACAAACAUGCAGGAGAUAAUUUUCCUGGCUCUCUCAUGUCAUUGACCUGAUGUGGUAUAGUGGCCAGUGUGUUGGUCUAGGACCUACGAGAUGGGGGUUCAAAUCCCCCCACAGUCAUGAAGUUCACUAGGUGACUUUGGGCUACUAACCUACCUCAGAGCUUUGUUGCUGGGAUCAAACAGGAGGGGGAGAACUAUGCAGUGCUCUCUCUAUCUUUUAAGAAGAAAAGGUGCCAGUACUCACCACAAAGUUAUUAUGAGUGCCACACUUUUAACAUCAUAAAAAGGUGUCAGUACUGUGUACAGUGGUACCUCGGGUUACAUACAUUUCAGGUUACAUACGCUUCAGGAUACAGACUCUGCUAACCCAGAAAUAGUACCUCGGGUUAAGAACUUUGCUUCAGGAUGAGAACAGAAAUUGUACUCCAGCGGCGCAGUGGCAGAAGGAGGCCCCAUUAGCUAAAGUUUCAGGUUAAGAACGGACCUCCGGAACGAAUUACCGUAAGUACUUAACCCAAGGUACCACUCUACCCUUGAGUACCCCCAGGAAGAAAGCACUGGAACUAUGCCACCUUGGAGGAAAUGUGAGAUAUGGAUGUAAUAUUAAAUGAUAAAAUAAAUCUCUACUUUGUCCUGAGAAGAAAUAGGGGAAAUGGAACGUAUAAUAAUUAAAGGCAGGGUAGGGGAUGGAUCAAAAAGGGGAAAGGAGCAGAGUCAAAUUCUGAAACAAUAACCAGAAAUAAGUGUGCCCAAAGCCAGAUUUUCCAACUUGCCAAGGAUUCUUAAGUGGUGGGGGACCUUGCUGCCUUCCCCACAAAUUAUUUCUGGAUAAUCACAGGGACAUUAAAUAAAUGGAGGGGGGAGUUGCACGUGCACACACAAGGUUUCUGAGACUAUAACAUUCUCUGAAUCAUUACCUAUACAAAAUUUUGACUACUGUGGAGUGCAGACUACCAAUUUUGUGUGAUCCUACAAAAUUACACAUCUAAUCUCUUAUGCAUGUAGAAAAAGUUAGCUUUUAUAGUAUCGGAUCCAGUACCUUAUCAGGACCAUUUCAUGCAAAGCAUUUACCCGUGUUCAUUUCAUCAUUUUACAACCUUUUAUUUUGAUUUGGGUAGCAAUUCUCCGAUUAGAUAAAAUAGAAAUUGGAUUUUGAAAAUAUACUCACACAAAUCUGUUUAAGACUUGAAUAAUUUAUCCAGUUGAAAUUUAGGCAGGAUUGGAUGGUGGUGGUGAUUAUUGUAUUUGAAAUGCAGCACAGGGCUGAUCUGAUUCUUUUUUAAAAGAUACAUAGUGCAAUUGUAGCUUUAUUACUUAGGGAUGCAGGUGGCGCUGUGGGUUAAACCACAGAGCCUAGGACUUGUCAAUCAGAAGGUCGGCGGUUUGAAUCCCCGCGACAGGGUGAGCUCCCGUUGCUCGGUCCCUGCUCCUGCCAACCUAGCAGUUCGAAAGCACAUCAAAGUGCAAGUAGAUAAAUAGAUACCACUCUGGCGGGAAGGUAAACAGCAUUUCUGUGCGCUGCUCUGGUUCGCCAGAAGUGGCUUAGUCAUGCUGACCACAUGACCCGGAAGCUGUAUGCCAGCUCCCUCGGCCAAUAAAGCGAGAUGAGCGCUGCCACCCCAGAGUCAGCCACGACUGGACCUAAUGGGCAGGGGUCCCUUUACCUUUACUAGCUUUAUUAAGCAAAACAUUUCUUUUCCUUCUGAAUGUGCUGCAGCUGCUUUGUGAAACAUAGAGCAAAGACAAAUGUGACAUUUUGGAACAGUGGAGCAACUCUGGAAACUCCUUUACUACAUUUGAUCCACAUUUCCCUUCUGUUGUUGAACUCGAACAAAAGAGGUUUUGCAAAUCUUCUGCAGAAACCAGCUGUGCAUGGUGCUCAUUGGCUGGCUUCAUACCAAGAAGAAAAACCUCUCUGGUUCCUCAAACUUUGGAGCAGUCUUGCACUUAAAUAAAUAAAUAAAAAGUGUAUAAAAUAUUAAUAACGAAUGAGCACAGAAAUGCAUCAUGUGGUGCUUUUAAAAAUAAAAAUGUAUACAGCCUGACUGAAGGAUGGAGAGGGGAAAAUGAUGGGCAGCCGAGUUGCCAUUUUAUUUAGCAUUAUGCAUGCAUGCAUGCCUGCAUUGUGGUUGCAUACUGUUUUGCAAAUGGUUCACGCAGGCCAGGGGUCAGCAAACCUUUUCAGCAGAGGGCCGGUCCACUGUCCCUCAGACCUUGGGGUGGGUGGACGGACUAUAUUUUGAAGAAAAAAUAAAUGAACGAAUUCCUAUGCCCCACAAAUAACCCAGAGAUGCAUUUUAAAUAAAAGCACACAUUCUACUCAUGUAAAAACACGCAGAUUCCCAGAUUCUCAGACCGUCCGUGGGCCAGAUUUAGAAGGCGAUUGGGCCGGAUCCAGCCCCUGGGCCUUAGUUGGCCUACCCAUGAUGUAGACCUUGCAUGUACCAUAGUUCCCAAAUCCAUUCCCCUUUUAAAUCUGGCACUACCUCACUCCACUCCCUGCUCACCCUUCUCAGAGAAUCUGAAAAAAAGUGAACAAAGAGACAGUUAUGUCCCAUGGAAACAUUUGAGGCAAGAAUUUUGUCUGUCAAGCAAUGCCCAGAAGAAGGAAGGGUUGCUGAUGGGAAUGGAAGAAAGUUCAGCCAUAAUAACAGGAUUCUUCUCAACUGGAAUUCUGACAGUUUCUUGAGCGGCCCCAGAAUUAUUGGCUCUUUCAUCUUUAUUGAAAGGACCGUUACUCAGAGAUUUUUUUUUUCUUUCUCGUUUUGUGUCUUCCACAUCUGCCUUGUGCUACAACUUCCUUUAAAAUGUUCUGAGUAUGCUGCUGGGUCAGGUCUACUUGACAUUAAUUGCAUUUUCUAUUAUUUUAACUUCCCUUCCUUCUCUACAAUAUAUACUACAAAUAUAUUAAUUAGAAAUGGAUGCUCUUCAUUCAGUGAAGAUGUGCUCAGGAUAGAUGCAAAUUCAUACAUCACUUUCCCUCACUUCUUAACAUGUAGAUAAGAAGCUUGUGUGAACACACAAAUGGCAACUGGAAGGUCUUGCUAAAGUAUUUUUCAAAGUAACACAUUUUGCAUUAGGGAAAUGGUGGAUGCGUCUGGUUUUUUUAAAUUAAUGUUCAAAGAGUUCUACCAAACAACACUUCUAGAACUGCAGUGUAAAUAUUCCAUAUAAGAAAACACACCACCUAAUUCUGUUGUCGUUGGGUUUGUUUGUUUUUUGGCUUUUUUAAAGGAAUUGGGGGUGUAUGAAAAGUUGAAUACAGUACUGAAAAGAGCAAAGAAAUUUUCAAGACUGACAGCUGAAGAUUGCAUUUUCCAAUGUGCCAAAGUCAUUCCAGCAGUGAAAUAACAACUCUCCCGUGGAACAGAAAGAGCUACAAAUGAAACAGUUUUCUGUUCUGCAGGAGUGUUACAAUGUCGAUAGCACUGGAUUUUAUUUAUUUUUUUAUUCUUCACGAUUCCCUAGUACUGUACUGUAGUUAAAUAUCCCUGGGCAAUGGGAAUGGAAUAAUGAGCAGAAUUACUUUUUGUAGGUGUUACAUUGCUGAGGAAUAUAGCCAAAAUAAAUUCCAAGCAAGUACUUGAUCAAAACUGAAAAUCAAAACCGUACAGUGAAAAAUCAUAACUUAUUUUAAUUUCCAAGAAUUAAAUUUCAAAUUUUAAAGCAAGCUCAGUUUUCAGAGAAAUUACGUUUUAUAGAAUAGAAUAGAAUAGAAUAGAAUAGAAUAGAAUAGAAUAGAAUAGAAUAGAAUAUAUUCUACAUAUCUGAACGUAACUUUAUAUUCUGUUUUUUUCAGGGGUGCAACAUCUAUUGUCUACAGAUGCAGGCAGAAAGGAACACAAAAGCCAUUUGCUGUCAAAAUCUUGAAGAAAACUGUAAGUUUCAUUCCACCACCACCACCACCCCUUCUCAAAUUUUUCUUACAGAGGUUUUCUUCAGAGGAUCCAUUGCAAAUGCGUUUAGGCUUUAAUUGCACAGUCUGACCAGUGAGGAUGUUCCAGCUUUGUUUGAUUUAAAUUCAUGAUGUGCACACCAGCAGCCUUUGGAGGAAAUUAUUCCCGAAGACAUGCUAUGCAUUUACUCAUCUUUUUGUAUAUUACUAUUCUAUCUGCAUAUUGUAAAAUGGUUAGUAGAAAAUGUAUACUUAGAAAACACCAAGUGCAUGAAUUCCUGAUGAGAACAAAGCAGCAGGAAGCCAUGGAAAGGACAUAAAAAAAAUACAAGAGGUUCUGCAAACUAACCCAUAUAUCUUGUAUGACUUCGUGAUUUGAACUCAGCCUUCUAUCGAAAGCAGAAUCUUCUGCACAGGCAUAAGGGUGUGGGAAGAAGAAAGAGAUUAUCACCCCAAGACUACAUGCCAGAAAGAAUACAACAGUUCUUGUUUUUGCGAAGGAAGCAACCUUACCUUUUGUUUCAUGCUGCAGUUGUACCUGAGCAACCGUUCUGACUCAGGGGGUGGCCAGCCCUCAAUUCAGCCCUCAGAAGAGGGAUGGGGGGAGAGAGAAAGGUUUAAAACAAGAGUAAAACUGUUUAUGUGUUCCUAGAGAAUUGCUAAUUUCUUCUGUAAGUAGGUUAAUGGCAGGUGCUGCUUCAACUUUGCUAGCAUGCCGUACUUUGAGAACUCUGCAUUGUGGCAUGUUCUCUGAGUGCUGAAGGUUUCAUGGUAUUAUAAAAAUAGCAUUAGGAUUAAAAAAUUCAAAAGAGAAGUACAGUCAGGGGAUUCGUCUAAGAGCUGGCUAUUACAUAAGCACCUGCAACUCUCUCAAAAGAGUUGCUAUUAUUCGAGCAUCGUAUUUAGCUUUGAGGCCGAAAUUCAUAUAAGUUAUGGAUUUUUCAUAUUUGUAAGCAGAAUGGUGGGGUGAGGGGAGAGAAUUUGGAUACAGGAGUGCAGGGGACAGCGGGGACGGCCAAGCUAGAUGCAUUUCCUUUACAACAACAGUUUUAUGAUCCAGCCAUAUUCAAUGGCGGAGCUUCAUGCUCUGGCACCGGAGCAGUUUAGUUUAAGGGGACCAAGUAGAACAUUAUGAAAGAAAUAGAUUAAUGCAAAAUUUGGCAUUCACGGCUCUGCAGGCCCAUUUAUGUUAACAAUUAUUUUGCAGUGGAUCCUGUGGAAUUUCAUUGAUGAUCAAGGUAUACACUGGUCACAAAGCUUGCUUACCCUUCUGAAAAAGGGAGUUCAUUGAUAGGUGACUUGUAUUUGAGAACAGCUUGUCCUUAAUCCCCAUGUUUUGUUUAGAGUCCUCAAUAAGCUAAAGAAAUGAAGAUGGGGCUGCUAAGAUGGACACUCUGGAAGGAAAUAGAUUAAAGGUGUCUUGUUAUCAAAAAAUUAAAAAGGGCAAUAUAAAAAACGGCUCCCCUCCCCUUCCCUAGUUGUUGGUUGACUCCAACUUCCUCUCUUGAAACUCGAAUGAAAAGUGUGUUGUGAUAGAGAGCACCUUUGGGAUAAACUGAUGACAUUUAUAAAUUAAAACAGAUCCCCUGAGGGACAUGGAAGCAUUCUAGUCAUGUUAAAGGGAGUCCCUCAGGGAUGAUUUUUGAGAAAAUCAUUGUACUAAUCUUCCCAGAGAAGAGGAAAAAGAUAUGUUUUAUUCCUGAUCACGACCCAAACUGGCAACAGUUUUUACAGCAACUGUUAUUGUGGGACUUGAGGCAAUUUUAGGUUACAUCCCAGCAGAUAAAAUAUCCAGAGAUGGAGCCAAGUCUACUUGUCUCUCAAAAAUAAAUCUUCCCUACCAGCAGCAGUUGAGGUUACGUGAGGCACUUUCAACUGAAUGUCUUUAAAGACUGAGAGAUCUGCUCAGGCUUUAGAGACACUAAAGUGAAAUUGCACUGGACUGCAGUCCUGCACCCAUUUACCUGAAAGUAAGCACAAUAGAACUAAAUAGGAAAAAGUAAGUCCUCCUCAAAAGUGAGUGGACAUACAUAGGAUUGUGUGCUGUCACAAAUCUGAGCCCCCAGGAAGAACCAUUUAACUGUCAUGUCAACUUUCAUUCCAAUUCUGCCAACUUGUUCACCCCUCUUUGAUCAAAUCUUCUGCUCAUUUACAGUCAACUGCUGCUUCCAUGUGCAUCCCAGCAAACUUAUAGCUAGUCCAGCCAUCAGUCUUGCUCUCCACAUUCUGUUUGGCCUUUGUUGCUUAAACUUGAAAUGCAAGAAUGUUUCUGCAUUUAUCUGUUCAUUCACCACCUAAUUAAUUACACAACAGAGCUUUUUAAAGUGUAAAACCGCUUCAAAGAUCAGGGAGGGAGCAUUAUUGGGUUGUUUCGACAGUCAAGCCUUUUAGUAGUGCUGAGGCACUGCUUUCCCACUGUCCACUGUAAGCAAAAUCAAAGCAGUAAUUCCAUGCAGUGCUGCAUAUAUCAUAACCAUUCCCGCAAUGUUCAUCACAAUGGGCAACAGCCUAUGCUUUCUUGGAAGUCCCAAGUGAUUCUGCAGGAUUUGUUUAAAAGAAUAGGCGCAUGAGAAUGCAGCCUCUGCAUGGGAGCAGGAGGAGGAGCAGAAAGAUAAAGAAGAGAAAUUCAGGUGUCAGAAGUUCUCGCACCACGCAAGAGGCAGAGUUGAACUGGGCCCUGAAAUUAAUAUAAUUCAUUGACCUAAUGAUUACAGAAAAUCCAGAUGACAAAGCUGCUAAAACAUUUGCAUUCCUAUGUUUUCAUGUUGUUAUCCUUUUGAACGCUGAAUUACACUGGGUUAUUUCACCUCCUGUGAAACUUCAGCAUAAUGUUGUUGAAUUUGGGCUGGCAUAGCAGGUUGAGGGAGAGGGAGAUAACAUUUUCAGUGGUUGCCUGUCUGGAUGGCUACUUCAGUGCUUUUCGCUGUCCAUUCUUUGUCCUUCAAAGGAGAAGGCUUAGCUGAAAGGGGGUUCUUUACAUGAAAGUGACUGUGAGGCAUUCAUUACACACAUUUGAAUGUAAUAUGGAGUCUGGCUCUGAUAAAGUGAUAACCUGAAGCUUGAAUGUCAAACGUAGCAUAGUUUAACUAUGAGAACUUUUUAAAAAAUCAUUUAAAAACUUGUUUGCUUCUGUAAAGAAGAGCCGUCUUCAUUAUUACUCUAGUUUCUAGACUUGGUAUGAUUAUUUUUCGGCUAAGUAAAGCUGGCAGUGCUGUGAUUCCAUUUUUCCAGUUAGCUGCUGUUCUACAGCCAGAUGUUUAAUUUACGGUAAGUAAGGUAAAGGUAAAAGUCCCUGGACGGUUAAAUCCAGUCAAAGGUGACUAUGGCGUUGCAGUGUUCAAAUUGCUUUCAGGCUGAGGGAACCGGCGUUUGUCCACAGACAGCUUUCUAGGUCAUGCGGCCAGCAUGACCAAACCGCAUCUGAUGCAAUGGGACACUGUGACAAGUGCAGAGCGCACGAAAACACCAUUUACCUGCCCACAGCAGUGGUACCUAUUUAUCUACUUGUACUGGCAUGCUUUCGAACUGCUAGGUUGGCAGGAGCUGGGACAGAGCAACAAGAGCUCACCCCGUCAUGGGGAUUCGAACCGACGACCUUCCGAUUGGCAAGCCCAAGAGGCUCAGUGGUUUUGACCACAGCAACUUAGCACUGACCCUUUGGACUGGAGAUGAUGGGGUCUGAACCAGAGACCUUCUGUAUGCCAAGCAACAGCUGAACUACUGAGAUGCAGACCCUCUAUUUUUGGCAGGGCUAACUACCCAUCUUGCAAAAAUGCAUGCAAAGAAGCUGGUGCACCAGCUCUCUUUCUAAAUAACAGCAGUUUUAGUGGAGAGCAGAGUUAUUUAACCCUUUCCUGUGCUGCAAAUUGCUACUUCCCUCAUAUAUAAGCUGCACUCACUCCGUAGGGUUCCAAACACAGCUUGAAUCUUGAAGCUCAAGGUUAGUAAAGCAAGAAACAGCCAGCAGUAUUUCGCUGUACCAUCUGUUGACCAGACUGUUGGAACUAAACCAGGUAAUGUGCAGCUGAGUCUUGUUUCUAUGAACACCAAACUAGUGCCAGAGCAGGGCUUGGUAAUAGGUUUGUAAACAGUAGAAUGGAUUUCACUUUAUCCAGAUUAUUGGUUUGCCCACCCCACCCCCCGCAAGGUUUUAUCCUAAACAUUUGGACUUUUAAUGAUGAUGCAUACUUUAUCAUUUAUAAAUUAUAUAACAAAUGAUAAGUAUCAAAUAAAUGUGGUCUUCAGUGUUGAGACACAGAAACUCUGCAGUGCGAGAUACCAGUGAGCAUCCUCAUAAACAUUUACCUGUUGUUGUCAUGACAUGAAAAGCUCACUAAUGCCAUGGUAGUGGCUGCUAAAACAUUUUGAUGUUUUAGCAUAGGUAGUAUGUUUCACAAACAUUAAUUCACACAUGUAUUCAGAGCAAAGUUUAGAGAUUGGAUACAUUUUUAGCAAGACCUAGGGAAGACGGGAUGUUUUUUUCCAGCUAGAACUCGGCAGAACACAGUUCUGGCAACUCUCAGCUGGGCGCCAUUGCCGUUGUAAGAGAACAAGGGAGGCGUUCAUGGUGAGUUCCGGCACCUCUUUUUCUAGAAAAAUAGCACUGUAUAAGGAUAUACUAUUUUUUGUACCAUGAGCUCCAAUGUAUCCAUUGGGCCAAGGCUAAACUGGGCGUAAAGCUGUUAUAGUAAUCUGUAAACAAACAUGUUAUUUCAGAUGUUGCCUGCUGAAGAGCUCUGUGCAACUCUAAAGAAGUUGUUUCAAGAAAAGGUAUUGCGAUAUUUAUAUAUAUAUAUAUGAUAAUAGGAAGAGUAUUAAGUGGCUUCAGAAAAACUAGAACUGCAAAAAUAUACCUGCCCAGUUUAGUAAUCCCAUGCAGCAAAAGAUCUGCUUGCAGAGGAAAUUCUCUAAGUAUUUUUCCAUUCUUUUCAUUGAUGUUGGGCUGCCUGCUCCAUGGGAAGUGAAAGGCUAAUUCACGCAGGAAUUCAAUGUCUGUACACACACUGAGUCGCACAUUUGAAGCCUUGUGUUUAAAGCAGCCUUAGGUAAAUGCCAUUCAUGUAAAUAAAUUAUUACUAAUCAGUCAGUAGCCUUAUUACUUUGACUACAAAGCAGGGAGGAGCAGUAAGAAGAACAUUGCGCCUUGAACCUGGACGGCAGCCUGUUUGUUGUAAUGGUAAAGAGUGCAUUUUGCCUAGUAUUUAUGCUACACAUUCAGCUAAAUGCGCAGCAUUCAUUCUGCAAGGAAAUAAGUAACAUGUGUGCAGCAGCUGUUGCUUGGUAGAUGGCAUUUACUGCAACUAUUGGUCAUGAAUUCUAUGUAACGAUUUUGAACAAACAUUAAGGACGGGAUUCACCUAAUGAACCCUGCCAGCAGAAGCUUUGUGCAAGGGUUUCCACUUGUGCAAGGGAACUUCUUCAUUUCUUCCCUCCCCCCCCCAACAUGCCCCCUGCCCUGAAAUUGCAUCUGAGGGGGUCAGGAAAACCCCCAGAACAGCACAUACAGAGAGUGGAAUGUUCCAUCUGGCAAGCAAAUAUGCUUGCAGAUGGAACCUUGUAAUUCCAUCCUGAGACUUCAAAACGUUAAAGUAGGACAAUAAUAAAUGCCAACUAUUACUCUGUGGUAUGAACAUGUGUAGAUAUCAUACUGGCAAAUCAGGGAUGGAAACUGCCAAAUGGAAUUUCUGAGCAUUGUAUGAACUGGAAACUGGAAACAAACAAAAACAAAAAUCUGCUGGGUGCGCAGAGUGCACUGAAGGACUGAGUAAUUAAUGUUUUAUUUUAUAAAACUGAGUGAUGAGUUCUGCUGAAACAUGCAACAUUCAUCUUAAGUGGAGAGGCAGUCAGAAAAACUACUGGAGCUUACAAAACAGUAAGAUCCCCCCCCCCCCCCCGUUCCUUUCUUCCGUUCUUGUUUACCCUCUAGGCACUUAUUCCUUACCCUCUUGUUUCAGCUAGCUUGCUGGGUCUUUUCAGAGCACAGAGGAAACCUUUCCCCUCUCCCAAAUGUGUAAACAAGUGAUAUAAAAUUCUGUCUUUGAGCACAUUUCUAAAAUUAACUUUGUAGUGUUGUAAAAAGAGAAUCCUCUGUGACAUGUUGGCACUAGAGGGUCACUGUUGCCUCACACAGAAGUAGCUUGGGGGCACAGAUAUUUGCCAGCAGGGAGUGCUUACUAACCUAAUAAAACAAAGGGAAGUCUUGCUUCAUGUACACCUUGCUUCUGUUUCUUGAACAUAUUUCCCCCCCUCAGACUUAGUGUAAACUUACUUCUCUUGUCUCCUCAGUAUCUUGAGAUAUUCUCAAAUCUGUCUAAAACAGCUGAUCAUCUUUGUUUCAGACUUCAGACCUCUUUGCGCCCCGAUCACAUCUACUAUUAAUUUUAUUUUUAUGAUUUCUUUUCAUUAUAUAGGUUUCAGUGAUGUUGACCUCGGUGCCUGGAGCAUUUUCUCCUCUCACUGGUAUUAGCAAGAUUCCCUCCACCAUCCCCUCCACCCCCUGAGACUUCUUGCCUUCCACUUCGCAGAAUUAUAGAGUUGGGACACUAAGGGUCAUUUAGCCCAAACCCCCUGCAAUGCAGGAAUCUCAACACAUGGUCUUCCAUCCACUUUGAAACCAUGCCGGACCCUGCUUAGCUUUGCAAAUGUGCUAGCAGUUUUAUUGCUACACCUCUAGUCUUUGAACAACAUACUGUCUUUUUAUGUAGACAUUAAACUCAAGAAAGGAAGGCAUAUUUUCUUAUAUUGGUUUUUGCAGUCACACUGAUGUCAUUGGAACUGUGCUCAGAAGGUAAUUGGGCACAAGGCAGCUUUCAGAAUAAUAAUGUGUUUCUAAUAUAUUGUGUAAAUAUAUAGGAUGUUUGAAUGGUAAUGCAAGAUUUUAAAAAGUAGCCUUGCUGAAUGAGACAGGUGGUUGUAGCAGGUUGUGCUGCCUGCAGAUAGAAAACUUUUUGAUUCAGUGGAACUUUCUGUCAGCUGAAACAAUGGGUACUGACCAGAUUUCCAUCAUAAUUUCGUAUGAAACGUCACUGAAAUCUUUGAAAUUUCUUUAAGAAUGCUGGUAUAUUUGCUCAAAUAUCUAUUUCUUAACCUGCAGCCUUAUCCUAAAUACAUUAGCAUGCAAAUAAGUCCCAGUGACUUCAAUAGGACUCACUUCCUAGGACAUGUGUUUAGGAUUGCACAGUAAUAGUUAAAAAUGUCUAAGAUGAAUACCAACAACUUAUUAUGAAUCCCCCCUUUAACUAGGUAGACAAGAAGAUUGUCCGAACAGAAAUAGGCGUUCUACUUCGACUUUCACAUCCAAAUAUUGUAAGUUGGCUAUUUUUUACAACAUAAUUUUUUUUGCUUGUUUGCUUGCGAUACAGAUGUUUUAUUGUGGAACCUUUAGGCAGAAUGAAAAGCAGAGGUUUUAAGAAGUAAUUAAAAACAAGAAUAAGUUCAAACAAACCCCAAGACCAAGUUAAUGGGAUAAAUGAGACAUUCAUCCUUCACUGUAACUUCCUUGCUGUUGACCUUCAAAAUAUAUACAUACUUUCUCUGAAGUUUAAAAAUUCCUUAUUUUGUGCCUUUCUCAGAUAAGACUGAAGGAGAUAUUUGAAACCCCCACAGAAAUCAGCCUUGUCUUGGAGCUGGUCACGGGAGGAGAACUGUUUGACAGGUAGGCAAUGUGUGAAAGUUAUUCUAUAUCUCUUGCAGGAAUGUUGUUAUAAUGAAGAGUUACUAUUGAAUGGGCACUAGUUUUCCACUGUCCUGCCCUGAAAACUGCUGUGAUCUUGCUCUCCUCUGGCUCACAGGGCAGACUUCAAAGUAAAUGUCUUUCUCAAGGACCUCCCUGUUAGGUUGUAAGAGGAACAGGCCUCAGGCCCCUUCUCAGCUAAGCCCCUAAGGCAGCCUUUCUCAACCCUGGAUCUCCAGAUGUUGGUAGACUCCCAUCGUCCCUGACCACUGGUCCUGCUAGCUAGGGAUGAUGGGAGCUGUAGUCCACCAACAUCUGGGGAUCUAAGCUAGAGAAAGGUUGCAGGCAGUACUUUAAAUGCCUCAGGGCACAAAUGCAUCAUAGCCAGUACUGCAAUCACAAAAGAAGCCAUGACCUCAGGCAGAAGCAACUGGAAGCAGCCUGUUUCUAAUGUUUUCCCUUCUAGGCUUCUUAGCAAGAACUGUGACUGCAUUACACAUCACAUGCUGACAUUUCUGGUACCUGGUCAAUAUGAAUAAGGUUGAAGCCUGUUUUUGUCACAGCAAUGGUGUGGUUCACACAUCACGUUUCCGAGCACAAUUCAAAGUGUUAGUGCUGACCUUUAAAGCCCUAAAUGGCCUCGGUCCAGUAUACCUGAAGGAGCGUCUCCACCCCCAUCGUUCUGCCCGGACACUGAGGUCCAGCUCUGAGGGCCUUCUGGCGGUUCCCUCGCUGCAAGAGGCAAAGCUACACGGAACCAGGCAGAGGGCCUUCUUGGUAGUGGCACCCGCCCUGUGGAACGCCCUCCCACCAGAUGUCAAAGAGAACAACAACUACCAGACUUUUAGAAGACAUCUGAAGGCAGCCCUGUUUAGGGAAGCUUUUAAUGUUUGACGUACUGUAUUUUAAUAUUUUGUUGGAAGCCGCCCUGAGUGGCUGGGGAAGCCCAGCCAGAUGGGCAGGGUAUAAAUAAUAAAUUAUUAUUAUUAUUAUCACAUUAAACCAUUCUUAAACAGUGGUUUAUUUAAACAAGUCAACGAAGCUUGUUUAAACCAAAGGAUGAACUGCAAAUUAUCGAAGUAAUUCUGGUUUGUUUCACCCUUUUAUCCCAUUUGGCUUCUAACUCUCUUCUGCCCCUCCUUCUGACAUCACUUAAAUGUUUGCAGCACCUAGUUACUGGCAUUGCCUCACCAUGCCACCAUUUCCCUUUCCACUGGUCGGCUGUGAGAGUGAGAGCUUUUCAUCAAACAACUGCUCCCUCUUUCCAUUCUGCCAGGAAAGAAACACCCACACUAUUUUGCAGCUUGUUGUUUCUUAAAGUGUACUCCUUUCCUCUGCAACCAUGCCUUUUAUUGCAUGGUUUAAGUAAGCAUUCCUUACAUUGGACCCCUCUCUACGCUCUUCUUUUGCCUGGUGGGUAUUGAAAGACUGAUUUGACUAAUGCACACUUAAGUAGUUUCAUAUGUUAAUUGUAAUGACUGUCAGGAACAGAAUCUCGUUCCGAACUCAUGCAUAAUGAGUUUUUUCCUUCAAAAGCUGCCCAAAUUGAAAGGAGACACAUUCCCAGAAAUCAUUCCACUCACUAACCAAAACCACUCCAGCGCCCAACAGUGGAAACAUUUGCAAAGCAAAAAUUCAUCAGUGUUUCCUUUAAGUUUUCAAAUCUAGCUUGAGCUGCAACUUUGAAUAGAAGGGGAAAGGAUUCUGUUACCAGGCAAAGUUGGCAGCAGUGUCAACUACAAGAAAAGUGCCAAUGAGAGGAACUGAGCACUAAAAGCGGAUUCAUUUUUCAGCUACUCUUGUUUGGUGUCUGUUUCUUGGUGGACAAUUUGGGAAGGGUGACAUUACAAGGGUCACAUAAACUAUAUACAGUGGUACCUCAGGUUACAGACGCUUCAGGUUACAGACGCUUCAGGUUACAGAUUCCGUUAACCCAGAAAUAGUACCUCGGGUUAAGAACUUUGCUUCAGGAUGAGAACAGAAAUCACGGGGCGGAGGCGCGAGGCCCCAUUAGCUAAAGUGGUACCUCGGGUUAAGAACAGUUUCAGGUUAACAACAGACCUCCUGAAUGAAUUAAGUUCUUAACCCGAGGUACCACUGUAGUUAGGGAGUUGCUCAUGUUUACACAUAACACUUGGUCAUAGUUAAGGUCACUGAGCCAACAACAAAUCAUGGCUUUAAAAGUUAAACUAUAGUUAAGGCACUCUGCUGGGUUCAGAUGUAACACUAAACCACGUUUUAUGUACCAAUAUUUAUCAGGAAUGACUAGCGUUGCAGGGCAGAGGGCCUGAGGGCUGCAUUCACCAUUGGCCAGUCAUAGAAAUAAUAGAAUCAUAGAGUUGAAACGGACCACGAGGAUCAUCUAGUCCAACCCCCUGCAAUGCAGCAAUCUUUUGCCCAAAGUAGGGCUCGAACCCACGACCCUGAGAUUCAUAGUCUCAUGCUCUACCAGCUGAUCUUUCAGGGGCUGCAUGCCAGCGCCAUAUGUUGCCAAAAAUAAGUGCAGCCACCCCACGCUCCUGCAUGCACAGAUAUACGCAGGCAGACAUACACACAGCAGAACUGUGUACGUGCAUCUACCAUCCCCCACAGCCACUGGACAGACUCAGCAACACAAAAACACUCAUUCAGCAGCAUUUGUGUUCUCCGAAUGCUCCAGUAUUACCCUGGGGAGCAAAAGCAAAGCCUCCUUUUAAGUUUGCAGAAUGACCCAUUCUCUCUCUGGUGUGGUGCCGUUGUUAGAAGGUCUUACAGAGGAAACAGGAAGGGAUGCUUAUUCCUGUGUCCUAAGCAUCUCUGAGACCUGGGUUGAAAUUCCAACUCUGCCAUGAUGCCGAGUGACCUGGGGACAAUCAUUCUCUCUCAGCCUAACCUAUCUCACAGAGUUGUUAAGGGUAUAGAAUAGGGUGUGAGGAACAAUGUGUGCUGCCUUGAGUUCCUUGGAUAAAAGCUGAGAUAAAAAUGCCAUGUUGUUGUUGUUUAGUCGUUUACUCGGGUCCGACUCUUCGUGACCCCCUGGACCAGAGCACGCCAGGCACUUCUGUCUUCCACUGCCUCCCGCAGUUUGGUCAAACUCAUGCUGGUAGCUUUGAGAACACUGUCCAACCAUCUCAUCCUCUGUCGUCCCCUUCUCCUUGUGCCCUCAAUCUUUCCCAACAUCAGGGUCUUUUCCAGGGAGUCUUCUCUUCACAUGAGGUGGCCAAAGUACUGGAGCCUCAGCUUCAGGAUCUGUCCUUCCAGUGAGCAUGCAGGGUUGAUUUCCUUCAGAAUGGAGAGGUUUGAUCUUCUUGCAGUCCAUGGGACUCUCAAGGUCUCCUCCAGCACCAUAAUUCAAAAGCAUCAAUUCUUCGGCGAUCAGCCUUCUUUAUGGUCCAGCUCUCACUUCCAUACAUCACUACUGGGUGAUACAUACAUACAUACAUACAUACAUACACACAUACAUACAUACAUACAUACAAAUGCCAUACAUACAUGCAUACAUACACACAGGAAUAUUCUCACCCAGGCAGCCUUUCAAAGACAACAUUUUAUACCACAAAUAUGGAUCACAAAGGAGAAGUUUCAUACCUCAUAUGCUCCAAUACCCUGACAAAAGUAAACAGUGUGUAUCAUGAACACUCUGGUCACAUCAGUAUGUCAAACAGGUUUAUUAUUUAUAGAAGUUCAACAGAGCAGAAGGGAGUAAUGAACAGUGAGAGUUUCAGAAGGCGAAUGCGGGCAAAUUGCCAGCGAAUGCAUGUGGUCAGAUCUGCAGGUGAGGCAAAAGUAUACAAGAAACAGAUGGGCAUUUAAUAGGAUAAGGAAGUGGAGGAUAAAAUAACCAAUCAUCAAGAUUUGUAUCAUCAUAAUGAGUUGUAAAAAUCAGACCACUUUGAACCUUUCCCAUUCUUGCGUUUCUCCUUCAGACGGCAGUGCUGCGUGAUCCUAGAGGUAAGAUAGAUAGUAAUUAGGUCCAUUUUUCUGUGCUAAACAUUAUUUAACCAAGGAUGCCCUGUUUUUCUUAUUUGCUUAUAUCUGCAAACUUUGAGAAUUUCCUAAUGCAGGUUCCUAUGGGUGAUUGGCUUUAGAGAGCACAUUACAUGGAUUCUUUCAUAUGGCUUUCACCUGGGCCAGGGUGGUCUGACAUGCAUCCCGUGGGCCACAUGUGGCCCUUGCAGCUGUUUUUGUGGCCCUCCAGCUCCUCACCCGGGGCAGCACAAUCAGGCUGGUGAAGACGGUGGCCGCAGCCAAAGGCAGGCUACUGCUGCUGUAGGAGUCAAGGCGGACAUCGGUCAAUUGGUGAAGAAUUGUCUAACUCAGACAUCCCACUGCUUGUCUGCAUUGUUAACGAAAGCACAUGUUUAGUUCCUGUCAGGAUAAAAGGCGGGGGAAGAAGAAGAAGAUUUCAGAAUGUUCAAAACCAGUUGAGUCUCUUGCAAAGUUUGUAAAUAAACACAGCCUGCGAAGAAGCAUGAUUUUGGACCACCCUUCCUUAAACACCCUCCUUCCGAAUGGUCCUGGAAUGAUCUUGGCAUAGUCUGCAGCUGACUCUCCACUCCCCACCCCAAAUAAAUUAAUAAACUGGGGCAGGAAGGAGUUGUGAAGGGUGCAGAGGAAUGACAGGCUGUUUCUUAAGUGUGGAGCCAUAAACUGAAUUAAAAAUAAAAUAAAAAGAUCUGUUUUCAAGGCCCGCACUGAACAGUUUCUAAUCAAGAAUAUUGAGCAGGAAAACAUGCUGAAUAAGGCAGAAAGGGCAAUCAGUGAAGUCCAGAGACAAAGCUUGAGUGCAUUUUUGCAGACAUUUCAGUCUGAAGGGCUGGGGUGGUAGUGGUUGUAUGUCUGGUAAGCAACGCCAGUCUAGGGCUGACAGAGGUACCCCAUCUCUGCUGUAAACUGCUAUGCACAUGAUGACGGUGAGGUAUACAGAAAACAUAACACUGUUUCCAGGCCUUUGGGGUUAUAUAACUGCAACAUAAGUUCAUGUUCGUCUGUGCUAUAUGGCCGGAUCCUGAGACAGCGUCAUGCUGUUGAGAAAGCACCAUUGCCAAGCACAGUUCCUUCAUGACAGCUAGACAAGUCAGAAUAUGAUCUCUUACAAGGCUAGCUAGAUGACAUUUGCUAAAAAUUCUGAAGUAAGUGCAAAACUAGCACCCUGGAUUCAUUUUCAAAGACACAUCACUUUGUAACUAUCUAAAGAUACCUUGGCAACAAGAAACUGGAACUGCAUCAAUGCUGAUGGCAGGCACUGGGGAAAGCCUUCCAUAUGCUGUCAGAUUUCUUAGCGGAAUAAAGAGAUCCCAUUUUGUUUUAAAUAUUUUACAAACUUUUCAACAGUUUCAGUCCGCAAAAGGAAAAAAAAAUCCCAAGAUACCUGUAAUUUUAAAGCAUCAGUCUCUGUGCAUCAGUCUCUGCUUUAAACAAUCAUCUAGCUAUUAUACAACUUUAGAAAAAUGAAACAAUAUAAGCGAUUUAAAAUAGGAGAGUAGAAGAAAUAUUUAUUCAGUGAAGUGGCGAAUUCUUCACAUUUGUUGUUUAGUUGUUUAGUCAUGUCCAACUCUUCGUGACCCCAUGGACUAGAUCACGCCAGGCACUCCUGUCUUCCACUGCUUCCCGUAGUUUAGUCAAACUCAAGUUGGUAGCUUCGAGAACACUGUCCAACCAUAUCAUCCUCUGUUGUCUCCUUCUGCUUUCCCAACAUCAGGGUCUUUUCCAGGGAGUCUUCUCUUCUCAUGAGGUGGCCAAAGUAUUGGAGCCUCAGCUUCAGGAUCUGUCCUUCCAGUGAGCACUCAGGGCUGAUUUCCUUAAGAAUGGAUAGGUUUGAUCUUCUUGCAGUCCAUGAGACUCUCAAGAGUUUGUGUUUCCCCAUCCCCCAGUGUUUCUGAUAUGGGAUGCUAUCUCUCCUAGGGAUGGUGGUGGCACUGUGGUCUAAACCACUGAGCCUCUUGGGCUUGCCAAUCAGAAGGCCAGCGGUUCGAAUCCCUGCGACGGGGUGAGCUCCCUUUACUCUGUCGCAGCUCCUGCCAACCUAGCAGUUUUGAAAGCAUGCCAGUGCGAGUAGAUAAAUAGGUACCACUGUGGCAGGAAGGUAAACAGCAUUUCUGUACGCUCUGGCACUUGUCCCAUUGUGCUGAAGCAGUUUAGUCAUGCUGGCCACAUGACCCGGAAAGCUGUCUAUGAACAAACGCUGGCUCCCUCAGCCUGAAAGCGAGAUGAGCGUUGCAACGCCAUAGUCACCUUUGACUGGACUUAACUUUCCAGGGGUCCUUAACCUUUACCUUUUUUACCAUCUCUCCUAACAAGUCCUUCAAGAUCCUUGAAGUUAUCCACCAGUAUCACCUCCAUCUUCUCUGGAUUAAACACCUGGGGUUUUCUUUUUUCCUUGCUUCUUACCACAUCCAUUGCUUCCAGACGUUGGUUCCAAGCUGAGAUAGCUGUUCUGGAUGUUAAAUUAAUUAAAUAUAAAUUUAGUGUCCUAGGCGUAUUGAUGACAACAAACUCCACAGCUCUAGAUGAUGCCUCUAUGGAAUUUUGAAAUACUAUGGAAGCUGCAAACGUUUAAAGAAAGCAAAAGCUGUCAUUCAGUGUGUUCCAUGGUGAUUCGCAUAGCUGUCAAAACAUAAUGUAUUUUAUUAUUAAAAUUUGAUCCAGAAACGUAAUGUUUGAUUUCUGUCCCUGGGAAAUCAGUUUUUUUAAAAAAGUUCAUAUAACCCAGGCUGGAUCUAGACACAUCAAAGAAGCUUUCAGUUAAACGCGUUGUAAGCUUUAUAAAGGAAAAUCACGUUGACGAAGAUGGGACUCCACAGCGCCAUCUGGUGUCAUAGUGUUAUAACGCAUAUAAAAUGGUUUUUCUUUACUAAUGUAGCUGAGUCCUAAGUGAUUUUGGACCAGUCAUUUAGCAAUCUAAAAUGCUGCAUUGAAUCCAAAUGUGAUUUUGCCUUAGUGGAAAUGUUUCAUGCAUGUUGUGACAUCGUGCUUUCCCUUUUACCUAUUGCAGCUCUCUGAGCCAUAUCCCAUUAUGUGUUUAUUUUUUGUGGGGGUGUCCCACUAGUUCUCAGAACCAGUUUCCAGGGUGAUUGGGGGACUUAAGAGGGCAUGGCAGAUUGGCAAAAAUCGAAUGCCCUGACUUGUGUGAGGCAAAGCCACCACUGGAUGCAACCCACUGAAUUGUCUGCUUCCCCAUGAAAAAUUAUUCUGAGUGUGGGCAGUUAAAAGGCAAAGUGAUAAUUAUCAGGUCCUCAUAUGAGCAGAAAGAAAUAAGUUUUGGGGUUUUUUUGGGGGGGGUUGCAUUGGGCAUGUCUCAAUGGAAGAAGAGGUAGAACCCUUGCUGAACAUACAGAGAAGUUAUAUUUGCCUUCUUAGUUCAUUAAAACUGAGGAAUAGGGGAUGAGUAAUAGCAUAAACUUUUGCAUUGUCGAGAUAUUUUUUGACAUCAAUAAAUCAGAUAAUUUAGCACUUUGAAAAGCAUGAGCUGACAAUUGAAGGUGAGAGCACUGAUAAAUGAUCUAGACGUGUUCUUUUGUGUGUGGUGUGUGUGUGUGUGUGUAGCCUCUGACAAGAUAGUAUACUUUUUCUGUGUCCCGUAUACUCACAUGUGUCUCAGUUGUCUAAUGAACUCUUGAAGCAGCAUUGCCAAACUAUCCAUUAUUAUUAGUAAAACAAUGUUCUGGGAAGUAACUAGAAUCAAUAUCUUAAAAAACCCAGUAAAUAUCAGAGAAAGCCCAGGCAACGAUAUUUUACCUCAUACCCUUGACCUGCCAAGCGCCAUUUCUGGCCUCCUCUGAUUCUCCCCAUGGACUCAGGUGGCUAAUAUUUCUUAAAUUUAAAGCUGGGAACCCUGUACAAAACAAUGUUUCUGUGGUAAUUUCCCCCCCUGAGCUGAGCUAGAUUAAUCUUUUUCUCUCUCUUUUGGAUCAAUAGAGUAAUAAAAGUGAGUCUGUGGGAAAGGUUGGCUGUCGAAUGCCUCAGCGCCUCAAAAUAUACCAACUUUCUUUCUUUCUAUUUCCAACUCAGAAGCACUUUGCAAUAAUUGAUUGUUCAAGGUUAUUUUGCUGUAUUAUUUUCAUUGUACUGUGGUUAUUACUAUAGCAUGGAAGCAAUCUUCUUUUCUAAGGAGCUGUGCUGUGAUCACAUUUUAGUUCACGGAGCCUUCAGUCAGUGAACAGCCUGAAAACAAAAUGCUGCUUCUGUACAGGAGACAACAGAUUAUUUCUGCAGUCUUCAAAUCAUUUAUUCUGGAGUAGAUCCAUUGAUUUCACUGCAACUGCCACAGAGUAAAAGGUAUGAGGAUUAUUCCUCUAAAACAGGGGUCAGCAACCUUUUUCAGCUGUGGGCCGCUCCACCGUCCCUCAGACCAUUUGGUGGGCCGGACUAUAUUUUGAAGAAUAAUAAUGAACGAAUUCCUAUGUCCCACAAAUAACUACUCAUGUAAAAACACACAGAUUCCCUGACUGUUUGCAGGCCGGAUUGAGAAGGCGAUUGGGCCGCAUCCGGCCCCCGGGCCUUAGGUUGCCUAUCCCUGCUCUAAAAUGAUCUUCUGUGCAAUGGAGCUAUGACAAUGUGAAUAUUGGUCCUAUGCUGCAGCUUUUAGCAGUUGCAGUGCAAUCAAGCUCCUAAAAAGUUAUGAAUGCAAGUAGCACCCUGUACAACCUCUAGGAAACCCUGAUGCUUUGUUAGCCUUAGGCUGCAGUUGCCUCACCUGCCCUAGGGCUAGAUGGUUUACUUAAGGCUAAAUCAUAAAAUCACUGUUACUACCUACAUGCCAGGAGUAUGGCCAAUCUCUCAGCCAUAUGCAUGUCCAGCCAACACAACCAUGGGAAUAAUUUAAGGUAUAUCCAUAGAGCCUGGUUCAUGGUUUCCUUGUUUGGGAAGCCAACUGUGUGGCCCAGCUUUUCAGUAGUUAUCAAUGGCAACACUGAGAUUCCCAUUCUGUAAAAAUAAGGCACUACAGAACAGCACUUAGACCUGAAAGCUGUAUCACAGAAUGAAUGAAACUAGUGUAUAUACACACAAAAUAGAAGGCAUAUUAUGGCCUUACCUAUUCCUGCCUUUUCCUAUAUAUCACUUUUAUUUCAUUAUAGCUUGGUUAAGCUUGCAAGCCCUGACUUUAGUCCUUUACACUGUCAGAAAUAAAUAGCAUUGGACUCAGAAGGGCUUAUUCCUGACUAAGAGUAUGGAGUUUGUGUAUCUGCCCUUUAAUUCUGGAGUUCAUAAGUAUGAACAUUUUUUUUUUUUAUGGUAGCCUUUUAAGGAUACUGCAUUUAUUAGCACAAAUUCAUUUCAUUCCCAUAGCACCUAAGCUGAUGUCUUGAAAAACAAUCUUUUUGUUAUUAGCUGAGAAUCAGAGUUGCUGUAUACCGGUACUUGGUAAAUCUAUUUUUAGCCAUGAGCAAGUGGCUUUUUUUAUUCUGCAGGAGACUUCCUAGGCUAUAAGAUGUGUCUGCUCUGAUUACUGUGUGAUUAAUUUUUAAUAGCACAUUUACCUAGGACUGUGCUUUCCUUGUAACCGUUGAGUCUGAAGUGAAAUUUCGUGCCAAGUGAAAACAUUCCUCUUCAGCCAGGCCUUGGGCUGAUUUGCAAUCUUUGUCAUUUUAAAUGUGUUGCGGGGAGGGGUUAUGGGUGUGUUUCAUUUUUGUUCUUGCUUUUAUUAUGUGUUUUGUAUGUUUAUGCUGUGUUUUGUAUGGUUUGUAUGUUUAUGCUAAGGGCAGUAUACAAAUUUAUUAUGAAUAAAUAAAUCUUCUGUUUCUUUAUAGGAUUGUGGAAAAAGGAUAUUACAGUGAACGAGAUGCUGCUGAUGCUGUCAAACAAAUCCUGGAGGCAGUUGCUGUAAGCAUUACUACUCUUGCAGAAUAAUCUUUUACUUACCUGGAGCAAUUUAUGUAAUCAGUAUACAUAUAGGUGUGACAGCUCUUGCCUACGGUUCUUGGGUUGGUUUUCUGCUUACCUGUCUAAAUCAGCGGCAUCUUUGAGGCAAAAGUGAUCUUGCGACAGCGUCAUCUUUCAUGCUGCAUACCUGAAUGAUUGUUAUGACAGCUCACUUUCUGUGAAACCUAUUUAUUUUCACUCUUGGUCAUUUAUAUCAAGAAUGAGGAGGCAGCUUUGACAGCGACACUUUCUGUGUCAAUAUUCUGUGUGCCAAUAGCUAUCCGUUUGUUCUGGUAAAGCAUCUUUAGUAUAUUGCUUUUAUAUUUAGGCAGUUUGGGGUGUAUGUUUCUUACUGUAUAGAGAGUUAACAAAAUAACAGCAGAUGUUCAAGGGCAGCAUUGAGCUUUGUAUUCAGAUGAAGAAUGUGAGGCCAGAUAGCAUUCUGCACACCAACUUCCCUGGUUACCAUUUGAUGGACAAUGUUUUAAAAUCCACAUGAUUCAUUUUGCUCAUGAUGAGUGGCUGGGCAUGUGGUGACGCAGUUAAAGAUUGCUUCAUCCCAAACUGAAAGCUUAGCCUGUGUUCAUACCUGAGCCAUCGCCAGUGUGGGCUUGAGAAGUAAUUAUACAAUCCAAGCAAUCUGCAGGCCAGGACCUUGCAUUCAUUGGGUUGUGAUCCAAUGCUCUCUGUGCAUGAGUGAAACAGACUUCUGCUUGUGCAACAGGACAUCACCUCCCUCUGUCCUUCUUGCAGCCCACUGUGCACCCUCAAAAUCUGCUCCAGAGGGUUGGGUUAAGCUUGGAGCAGAUCAUUGCAUUGCGGAAACUAAUCCAGCACAUUGGGGCUGCUUUGCUCACCUGACCUCCCUCUAGCUCCAUUGCUUCUGGAGGGGGGCAGGCAAUGCAGCAAUAACAUAAGGGUAACACAUGCACUAUUUCCAAUGUGUUUGCACUGCGCUGACCUCUCUGCUGCCUCCCCUUCCCCUUUCCUUCCCAGUAUGCAGCAGCAACACAGCUGGAAGGAGGUCAGGUGAGCAGCUUUUCCUUAUUCUGUGACAUUUAUUCUAACAAAAUACAAAUUAACCUUUUGCCAACUUUUUGAUACAUUGCUACAAACAUGAAGUAAAGGAAGUCAGAAACCAUCAAGUAUCAGUUCAGUAGUCCUGUGUGAGUCAUCAUAUUUAAACAGAUCCACUGCACUCUACUGCUGCUCCAAACCAUGAGCAAAUGGGGUUUUUUUAGCAGCUAUCAUAUUGCCUAGUAAUAUAAGUAUCAGGUUCUAUGUUAUCUUCUAAAUGAUUGGGGCAAUAACUAGGAAGGCUCUGCUUCAUCCCCAUACCGAUUUCAGCUUGGAGUUGGAGGGAUCUUUCAAACAGUGUUGGCCUUCUCAGAUAUUUGUAGAGUAGAUUGGUGUGUGUACAAAUCUUAAACUCAAUCAGAAAGUGGAUGAAGGCUGCUGCCACCCAGUUGAAUGAGUCACAUAAUCAAACACAAAGGAAAGAUGCAGGAAACAACCAGAUUUCUUCUGUGGCUGUAAACUACAACUUUCAACAAAAGCAUGACAUUUUAAAGUGCCCAUGGAGGAGCUGCUGCUGCAGUGGAGAGUACCUUCAGUUUAGUCUCACCUAGGAAGGAGUCACACUGAGGCGUCUGCAGUAGAAAGUAGGAUCUGAGUAAACACCAGUUCAGUGGUCAGAAUUAUAGGUGAGGCAUGAUGUUCUUGGGCAGAGGACAGGAGAGCACAGUGCAGGGCUAAAUCUGAAAAGAGCUUUAAUUGUUUCUCCAGCUCAGAGAUUAUUGGGGGCUACUGUGCUCUGAAAUACUGCUAAAGGGAGCCAUGGCUCAAGCCAAGCUCUCUUUAAAUGGUCACCUCGCCAUCAAAGCAAUAUCAGCCCAGACCACACACUGUAGUGGCAAGAGGUGUGAAGAGCUGGCCUUGGGAUUGAAGAUAGGAUGGGGGCUGUAGAGGAUGCACCUGAGGACGCCAGAAGAAACACCUGGGAAUUCAUAAAUAGGGGGUGAGAUGUCCUUUAUUGAUACCUGAAGGAGCAUCUACAUCCCCUUCGUUCUGCCCAGACAUUGAGGUCCCGCGCCGAGGGCCUGCUGGUGGUUCCCUCACUGCGAGAAGCGAAAUUACAGGGGAUCAGGCAGAGGGCCUUCUCAGUGGUGGCGCCCGCCCUGUGGAAUGCCCUCUCAUCAGAUGUCAAAGGAAUAAACAACUAUCUGACUUUUAGAAGACAUCUGAAGGCAGCCCUGUUUAGGGAAGUUUUUAAUGACUGAUGUUUUAAUUUAUUUUUAAUCUUUUGUUGGAAGCCACCCAGAGUGGCUGGGGAAACCCAGCCAGAUGGGCAGGGUAUAAAUAUAUUAUUAUUAUUAUUUCUCCUCUUUGGUGAAGGAAUAAGCAAGGAGUGCUAUCCAGUAACAAGAAGAGUUUGUCAUGAGUUCCUUCUGUGUGUUCACUCCCACCAGCAUGGCUUCUUCAAGUUUCUCCUCAUCUAUAAGAGUUUUUCCAAGUCUGUUUCUGUAUAAAGGGUCAUGACAUGCUUCCUCAUUCAUUGUCACGUCAGCAUCAUCUCUGCACAUACAUUGGCUGCAUGCAGGAUGCUAAAGUGAAUGAGAAAUCCUUGCAAGUUAAAGAAACUAUUUUAAUCACCACAGUGGUUUGCACCUCAGGAAUAUUCCACCACUACUCCCUUUGCCUUUAUUGUGCAGUGAAUUCAAGUCUUAUUAUCCAUGUGCCUCGGCAUGUACAAUUCUAUUUUAAAAGCAUUAACUUGGAAACACAUGAAAUUAAAAAUGUCCAGAGGGAUAAGAGGCUGUUACAGGAAGACUUUGAAACAAAUUGCCCCAAAAUGUGUGUGUGUGCGUGUGGAGUGUGGGGGAAUUUGCCAGAGAUUAUGUUUCAUUUAACUAAAGAGAAAAAAAGUGAGGCAUUGUGUCUCAUUUUAAUUCCAUUGCCUUGGUUAUAUGGCUGUUUAUACUACAAAUGUCAGGUCAUGAAGUGCCAGAAUAUUCUGUUCCAUUCUGUAAGAACUGAGGAAUUUCAGAACUAAUUGAUCUUCUGUUGCUCUUUCAAUGAAGUUCAUUAGAAUCCUGUUCAUGAUAUGCUAGUUUAAAUACGAUGACUCACACAGGACUACUGAACUGAUACUUGACGGCUUCUGACUGACUGACUUUACUUCGUGUUUGUAGCCAUGUAAGAAAAAGUUAACGAAAGGUUAAUUUGUAUUUUGUUAGAAUAAAUGUCACAGUACAAGGAAAAGCUAGGAUGCAAGACUAAGACUGAGGAGGCAGAAGUUCAAAUUCUCACUCAACAUGAAGUUUGCUGGGUGUUUUUGUCUGACCUUAAACCAAGGAACCAAUGCAGUAUGGUGGAACAAGGCAUGCUGGUAGUUGCAGCCCCUGGGAGUGCUAAAAGUGAGCAAGUGGCUCCAACAAAGAGAGGAUUUAAGGUUUUUGUUCUACCAGGGCAGACAUGGCUUGGAGCCUAGAAGUUCCCUCAAGAUGUGUUACCACAUACAUUGGUAGAUCAGCCUAUGUGUCCAUGUGGAGGUGAUUGGUUCAUCAGGAGUGCAGGCUCUGAAAGACCUGACUUAGGGUGGUUCUUGGACCCCAGAGCCCCCACUGUGGCUUAGGCGAUUGGGAACCAACAUCCCACGGGCCAGUCCUGGCCCACCAGGAGUCUCAGUUUAGCCCUUGAGGGCACACACCCCAAAAAACCACGCCCACUGUCAAUCAACUGACUUUCUUCCAAUGGGUGGGUGACAGCUGACAGGCAGGAGGUGAAGUUUGGCUGCAUACCCCAGUUCCCUGUAGCUCAUCAUGCUUAUGUGCAUGUAUUUUAUGUCCGAAAGAAUUAUUCUCAUUCCCAUGUUCUGCCACUUCCCUUUGCCUCAUUUUCUGCUAGUGCACCUGACUCCCAAGUUGAACAACCAGGUUAUAGAAUAUCCAGGAGUCUCCUUGGCAGGUAAUUCCACACAAUGAACUUUUCUAGAUGUAUCGCACAGCUGGCAGGAAUGGAUUAGCAUGUCACCCUCCCUGAACCCUAGUUAAAAUGAUUUGUGGGACAUAAUUUUCUACAGUAGAUAUGAUCCAGGAUGAUGAUUGACCCUGGGAUUCAUAUAACAAUUCAUAUAACGAGAUAUUCUAGGGUAAAAUAAGCCCCAGUCACAAUGCUGUGUUAGGUGCAUUGAGCUUUUAUGUGGAAAUAAACAAAGUGCUGUGGGUUAAACCACAGAGCCUAGGAUUUGCAGAUCAGAAGGUCGGCGGUUCGAAUCCCCGUGGUAGGGUGAGCUCCCGUUGCUCGGUCCCUGCUCCUGCCAACCUAGCAGUUCGAAAGCAUGUCAAAGUGCAAGUAGAUAAAUAGGUACCGCUCUGGCGGGAAGGUAAAUGGCGUUUCCGUGCGCUGCUCUGGUUUGCCAGAAGUGGCUUAGUCAUGCUGGCCACAUGACCUGGAAGCUGUACACCGGCUCCCUCGGCCAAUAAAGCGAGAUGAGCGCUGCAACCCCAGAAUUGGUCACAACUGGACCUAAUGGUCAGGGGUACCUUUACCUUUUUAAACAAAGCCUAUCUAUAUUAAAUGAACCACACUUUCUUCUUCUAACCACUUUUUAUAAGGCUCUGGAUGAUUAUUUCAUGUCCUUUAGCAAAUGUAUAGGAAAACAGUACAUGCCAUCCCCCAUAAAAACAUUACUCAAAAGUUUACCUUUAGGACAAAGUUUAAAUAAUAGUAGAAGGGCUUUUAUUUUUCUGUUGUUUGUGUCUAUUAAGAACCCCUUUCAAAAACUGAUGAAUGAAGUAAACUAUAAAAGGAGAACUCACAUUCAUCAACUUGGGGAACCGAAGUAGGGUUCCUAGAACUCUGCCUUCUUCCAGUGGUUUUAAAUUCAUGAGAAAAAUUGGGCAAUUAUUCAGUGUCCAUUCAGAAAUUGAACUUUUGGCAGUGUUUGUUUCAUGAAAUAUUGAGUGCUCUGGUCAUUAAUUUAUUGUCAGCAGUCAAUUUUGAUUUGUUUUGCCUUUGCUUUUAUUCUAUAAUGAAGUAUGGACGUAAAUAUUAGUAUGGACGAUUAGCACAUAAACAUUGCAAAGUAUGUAGUCUUAAUUUGUUUUUCCUGAACUGUAAUAGAAUCAUAGAGUUGGGUCACCUAUAUCAUAUGAAUGCUUUAAACACACACAGCUUGCUUUAAAAAAAAUAUGAAACAGACAAAUAGUUUUUUGUGCUAACUAUACACUAGAGCAGGGAGGAGGCAAAUUUUUGUGGUAGUGCAUAAGGUCCCAGGUUCAUGACUAGUUUCUCCAGCUGAAGUAGCUCAGCCCUUUAAAGGAUACUGCCAGUUAGGGUAAGCAGUACUGGAUUGUAGACCCUAAGUCCAGCUCAAAUAAAGGCAGCUCCUCAAAUAUAUCAACUGUUAAAAUUAGGUCCGAACCAAACAUUAAAAAUAAUUUUAGGAUUUAAAAAAAUGAACUUUCCAAUAUAUCUAUCCAGAUUUUGAAUGGAGAAUCCAGAUUCAUUUUUGAAUGUGAAACACUUACCUCAGCAAUUUGAAUCAAAAUGCUUUUAGCCUUAACAGAUUUUCCUGACUGAAACCUGUUAAAAUCAAAACAUGCAGAAUCUCAUGAAGCCGUCAACUACUAAUUAUCAUUGCAUGUUGUCUAUCAAACACUGUCAGACAUGAAAUACAGUUGAAUGACAACCAACUUACUGUCGAAUAUGAAACUUUAUUUCAUUGCAACUUCCAAAUAUCCAUUUAUUUCUCCCCUCCGUAAAACAAAGGUCAGUUGCAAAACUUUGUAACUGUGUUUAAGGAAAUUGGAAGAUGAGUUUGGCACAGAGGAAAAGCAGAACUCAAGACCUAAGGUUGGAGGAACUGGGUGCUACAAAAGACGCUGGAGAAUUAGGAAGUUGGGAAGAACUGAGAAGCCAAAGGGUCUUCACAGAGAAGCCUAUUACCAGAGCUGGCCCUUCUCUAUAAUUAGGCAUGAUGGACAAAGUUUUAGAGUGUAGGUCAUCAACCUAAUACCUUCUGGAAUGUGUCCAUAGCAAACAAAACAUAUUGAAGCAAUUGUGCUCAUACAAGGCCCAUGACACUUCACUAAACUGCUCUGCAACCAGCAGGCCGUUCAAAGCAGGAUGCAAUAAAUUUUAUUCACAAAGUGUUUUGUUAACAUGUCACAACAGAUCACUGAGUAAUCACUCAACUGAGUAGUCCAUAAGAACCUAUGAAGAGCCCUUCUGGACAAAAGCCCAUCUAAUCCAGCAUUCUCUUCUCACAGUGGACAACCAGAUGCAGGACAUGGGUGCAAUAGUACUCUCCCAGCUUCAACCCCCAGCAAAUACAGGGUGAGUCUUUUAAAAGAGGCCCCAUGUGUACUCUGUAUCCAUGGGGCCUCUUUUAAAGGACUCACCUGUAGUAUUCAGACUCAGAAUUACCCAGAAAAGCUCCAAUGACCAACAUUUCAUUGAUGCAACAGUGAAGAACCGUAAUCAUUUCAUUGAUCACACCACCAUGACUGCUCAGUAUGCUCAAAAGCGGAAUCUAGACCUGCUUAGUUAUUUUUGCCCAAUUAUUUCUCUACCUGCACUUUAGUUGCCAUCCUUGAUGUUUCAGCUUAUGGAGCUCUCUGUGGUGCCCAGCGAUUACUUGAGCUCUAGUCAGCGGGAACAGUUAGUAGUAAUGUCAUUGCUGCUCUGCCCAGCUGAGAAUUUCCUGGCUGAAUUUGACAACAGUUGAUAGGCACUAAAAUACACAAAACAUGUGGAAUUGUUAACAGCGUUAGAACCAUUUCUGUUUUGAGGAAAUUAUACGGGUAUUUUCUGCGGGUCCACUUGAAAAUGAAGCACACCUAACACAGUAAUGAAAACUAACCUUGCCAACAUACAAAUAUACCAAAAAGGGUACCUCUGUGCACCUGAAAAUUCAGUAAUGCUGAUUUAGCCAGCAUUCUCGAAUAAGCUAGGACUUCGUGCUCUAACUAUAGACAUGCAAGGUUAAAUCUCAAGUUCUGUUGACUCUACAUCCUGCUGCAGACAGCAUUGUGCCAACUCUGUUGUGGUCUGCCUUUAGAUAUGAGCCAGCAUCAAAUCGAUUUUAAAUGAACAUCCUUUGUAACACUGCAGAUACUGUCAUAUCCUCAGGAAGCCUUUCAUCUGUGAAAGCAAAGACUGCAGUUCUGAAACCCUUUGAGUUCAGUGCACUUCACUCGCUAUUCCAAAAAAAGCUGCUUUAUAUUUAUGAGUUAUUCAACUCAGAUACAAUGUUUUAUUAAUGGUUAUAUAUUUUAAAUUAUUCUUUCCUUUCUUUCAGCCAUUUUCUUUUGUACUAGUACUUUUGGUAAUUUGGAGCCAUUGUGUACAAGCUAAAUUAAAGCCUGCCAUUCUCAUAAAGAGCAAGAAACCACUGGCAAUUUCAGAGAAAUAUUGGUGCCUUAUUGCUUUCUAUAACAAGUUCCUUUGCUCUCCAGCUUUGUAUAUUAAUCUGCAAAAAUACAAAUGCAACAGGGUAGAGGAAAAUGCAUCAAUGUAUUUUUGUGCAUGUGUAGAGGUGUACUAGGCUCCCUUGCGCCCCUGAGAAGGAGUUGUAUUGUGACCCUCCCCUCCAUCCCUUACACCCUUGGCAAGGAGCUAUACUGGGAGAUACUAUGGACUUGAAAGUCUAAAAGGGAGUGCACAGACUGGUGGGCAGGUUCCUAGCUACUCCAAUUCAGAGUGGAAAGGCAUGAUUUUUGUGCCUGCCCUCCCAGGUUUGCACCCAGCCCACCUGCCAAAUCCUCACCCAGCCCAGCGCACCUGCCAAACGUGGCCACAAGGCUGGUCCUGAUAAGAAUCUUGUUUGUGGAGCCGAAAGGAUUCCCCAUCCCAGGCUAGGGAAGGAAAUAAUCUGAUCUGAAAUAAGGAAACUUUGUUUUUAGAGUAGAAAAUACAUCCAGGGCAACAGAGGGUCUGUCAAACUACCUUCACCUCUUCUCACAGCUAUUGCUAACAUACAGACCGAAAUGUACGAAGCUUUCAUUGUUUACAAGUGGCACACUAAUCUUAAAGGAUUCUUGACUCCUGCAGAGGAAGAAGCAGAAUGAAAGAUGUGUGGACAACCUAGUCCUGUCAGAUUAGGUUUCAGGACUAUUUGCCUACGAUCAUUUUAAAUUCCCAGCGAAGCUCAUCCUCUCACUUGCUUCUGUGCAUGAAAUGAAUGACAAAUGAGGAUUGCAACUGUGCAGCAGUCCAUGUAAGACAGCACUAACAUUAAUUUUACGUGUCCAGGCCUGGAUAUUUUGCCAUGAGAAAGUGACUUGUAUCACAAGCGCUGGAAUAUAUAGAGGUGAAAUUUGUAAACAGGGGUGAAGAGGACAGCUGACUGUAGCUGUAACGUUCUGAUUCAACAGCAGAGCAGAGAUACAGCAGAUGUAAAAGCCCACUAGGAGAAAGUUGCAGUGGUCUAGAAUACAAAUUCCAAAAUAUAAAUACAUAGCUUAUGCUAAAAGCCAUACCCUGAUGGUGCUUUGGCUCCCUGACUGGUUACUUGCUUAUUUUGAUGUUCCCUGAAUCCAGCUCUUUAUUCCUACCAUUGAUUCAACUACCUCUUGUAGUUUCCUAGGACAAGACCUACAGUAGCUCAUCAAAUAUGUUAAAUAAACAAUCCUAGGGUUGCCAUAGUUCAAAAAGUAAAAACCAGGAGCUUGUACUCAUGUCCUGUUGAGCUUCUUUUUUUUUUUAAGGAAAUCACCAAAACUUUUGAACUUUUUAAAGGAAAACCCCCAAGUUGUUCAGAUUCUUUUAGACAAACCUCCAAAUGUGUUUUUUUUUCUUUUCAAAAAUGCCAAACAACACACAGUUUUUCACUUAACUUGCCUGAGAUCCAGGACGAAGCGCUGCCUUUCAGGAAUUCCCCAUGGAUAUCAAUUCUGCCUUUGAAAUCCCAGUAAUAUCUGGGGAAAUCCGGAUGUAUGGCAGCUCUAAGCAAACUGUUAAAAAAUGUAACUGAAGCCCAAUACUUGACUUUGACAACUAGACAUUUAUUGUAAAACUCCAUCGGGAUGCAUGUGUGUUAUAUUUCAUCCAUGUUGCACGCACCUCUCUCAAUAUAUUGUUGCCACAGUGAUAUGAGAUUCCAGGAGUUCCAGGCACACUUGCCCAGGAUCCCUGUUUCCUUUUGGAAACGAGGCAUAGCAGAGACAGUGGUGUCUUUAUGAUAUAUGGCUUAUGUACACAUAUAUACUGCCUGAACCUACGAUGGAGGGGUUCAUAGCAUUAGCACUCCAAGAGCGUCUUGCUUCCUCCAUAGAUGUAGCCUAGGAUCCAACGAGAGAUCCAACAUUGUGCUCUGCUUGCUGCUUUGUGUCACCCAGUCACAUAACACCUCCUUCUAACCUCUCUAAGCUUUGGCUUUGAGGGAGAGAGGAGGCCCAUCCAUUUGCCAUCUCAGACAGAGUCCCUUGAUCAUUUGUUGUUAAUAGCCCAUCCCUAGGCUAUCACUUCAACACAAGAAGCUUCGCCUAGCUUAAUUAGCUUUUAACACUUGGCUUAAUUAUAGGAUUAGACAUGUCCAGCACACAGCCUAAUGCACACAGGUCUGACACCCAGAGUUUUAACACACUGAACCGUGAUUAAAUUCUAUCACUUACUGCUUGCAGGAAUUUACAAAUAUCUUAACACUCACAAACCCAUAAGAAUAUACUGCAUAGUCUCCCUUUAUUUAGGGUGGUAUUCCAAGUAAGUUUUACUGAGAGUAGACCCACUCAAAUUAUGGACCUAACUUUGCUGUGUUUACUAAUCUCAAUGGGUCUACUCUAAGUAAAACUUACUUAGUUUUACAAUCCUUGGUUUUCAGCAAGCUGCCAUGCUGUGCAGCUGAGCAGGAAAGUGUGUGUGUAUUGUGUGUCUAAUAGUACAGAGUAAUUAGAUUUCUAGCUGCUGUUUUUGAAAUGACGCAGUCAUAGUAGGUUCUGUUUUGAAAAACGAGGGCUACUUUUAACAGCCGUGUUUUCAUCCAGAGGCAUAUUCCCCAUGGAUACAAGGUGUACUCCUUACAUAAUUUAUUAGUGGAUUCAUUUCCCAUAAUUAGCAGUCCACAAUCUGCUGCUUUUCAAAUAUUCUUGCAAGAUUCUUCCUUGAAAAUAGGCACCUCAGAAUUAAAAUGUCAUUUUAACCUUACCCUGUUAACUUCCCAAAGGCUAGGUUCUGCUUCUAGGUAACCUGCACUCUAAUUGUGAUUAUGAUGAUUAUAAUGAUCUGCCUUCCACCUUAGGGGAAUAUAUCUGUAAUUCAAAAGUAUGGUUUGAUGAAUGGAAUCCUAUCAUGAAAUCAAAUAACCAAUGUUAUAUUAGAAUGAAGACAGCCAUUCUGACUGCCCUGGAAACAAAGUCAGAAUGCAGCAGUUUCGCCAUACUUUAUCAUGUCUGCCUUCUUCAUCCUUAUUUUGGAUCCUCUGAUUUAAUUCACUCAUUGCACUAUAAAAUGCAGUGUUUGAAAGCUGCAUAAUGACAUUGGUGAAUUGAUAAAUAUUUUUUUUUUAAUUGUACCCUCUAAGAAAUCUUUCGCUAACAUGAGAGAAGUGAGGCAAAACUGAGAUUUCCAUCAACGCAGCCAGAUUAGUAUUGCAGUGGAAAAUGGGAUGUUUGCUUGCCUAGUUGAUUACAUUAAGCUAGUGACAAGGGAAUUAAAGGGCCAUGAAGUCCCAAACAUUCUGCCCUGACAGUACCUCUGGAAAAACUGCAAGAAAUGGAAAUAUGAUACUUUUCAUUCUUAAGAAGCAUUUGCAGUUCAACCAUCAUGAUGCAUCAAGAAAUCAGAGAAGGUGCAACUGUCAAAAGCAGAGAGGACUCUCUACAGAUUUAUAAAAGUAGCUCUUUGCAGUAGCGAGAAGUAAAAGCUUUGUGUGGUGAAGUGCUCAGCAAGUCAUUAAUUUCCUUUGGGUACAUCAGUCAUGUUUCGUGAAGAAAGUUCAUUUGCCCAAUGGAAACUCAGAUGCACCUUAGUGACAGAAGAUAGAGAUUAUAGAUAAAAGAGAUGAAUGGUGGGAGCAGUGGGUUUUGGUGGAGGGGAAAGGGACAGAGUCAAGAAGAGUGUUAUGUUGUAGGUUAAAAUGAAAGCAAAAGAGAGAAAAGAUCAGACAACAGGAAAAGCAAGACAGGGUGGAAAUUAGGGGCAGGGCUAGCUCAAGUAAAUGCAGAGACUUGACUGAAGAACGGUACAGUGGUACCUCGGGUUAUAUAUGCUUCAGGUUACACACUCCGCUAAUGUGAUGGCCUGGGAAUCCGAUUCAGAGGCUGAACCGGAGGAAUCCCAGCCUGCACAGGAGUCCCCGCCUCCAGGGCCGGCUGAACUGGGACAGGGCCUUGAUUCUGAAGCGCCUGCACCUGUGCCGGAUCCUCAGGAGCAGGCACCAGGUGAAUCCACUCUGGCUCUGGAGGUGGUUGAGGACUCAGUGGCUACAGGUGAGUCUCCCCCUGGGUACAGUAACCCUUCAGCCUCUCCUGAACUGCAGAGGCUCAGGGCAGAGAGGUGAAGGGAACUGGUUUCUCCCAGGAGGAGUGCUCGCCUUAAGGCCAGGAGAGGCGGGUCUCCUGGGGGCUGGGACCGCCCCUGGCCUCAGAGAAGAUAAAGGCCAGUCAGCCCGGUCCCAGGUUGCGGGAGCAACGUCGUUGAUGAGCUGUUUCGGCCAGCAUCCAGUCCUGUUCCCCCAGUGUUCCUGUCCCUGCCAGGCUUCCUGCUUCGGACCUCACCUCGCUCCUUGUGAACUGUUUCCAGACCAGUGACCCAGGACCGGACUUUGACUACGCCAAUGGUAACCUUCCCCCCGGGACCAGCACAGCUAACCUAGAAAUAGUGCUUCAGGUUAAGAACUUUGCUUCAGGAAGAGAACAGAAAUCAGGCUCCGGCGGUGCGGCGGCAGCAGGAGGCCCCAUUAGCUAAAGUGGUGCUUCAGGUUAAGAACAGUUUCAGGUUAAGUACGGACCUCCGGAACGAAUUAAGUACUUAACCCGAGGUACCACUGUACACUCCUUCUAUCUGGGAUGGUCGUCCUCUUCCACCAAGCGCGCAGCUUUGGGAGGGAUGCACAUGAACCGGUGAGAGAGGGAGGGGACACCCACCUAGCUGGCCAGAUCAGUUGAAUCAACCCUGGCAAUCAAUGGGGUGACAGAUUGGGGUUGGCCUCCACCUCUUUCCCCCUUUUCUUCCCAAUGUCUCAACAAAUGAAACUGGUUUGUAAAAAUGUUACAUGGGAAAAAAAACCACGAGAGAUAUUGCACACUUUUGUAAGUCAACAAAAUCUUUAAUAACCCCCCCUAAAAAAAUGGGGUGACAGAUGUCACAGUCAGACCACCCUCACAUCCAAAUGCAGAGACUAAGCGAGAGGUCAGAAGAAGCAAGAAACAGUAUUAACAGAAGCUACGUUAAAAAUGGGGUGGAAAUAGAAUGGCAUCCUGCUUCUUUUAGGCAGAUAUUUCACCUUCCCACUUCUUUUCAGGUGGACAUAACUGAAUUUAGCCUAACCCCUUUCAUUCCUUUUGUCUCCUCCACAAGAAUAAUGAGUAUUGUAGUUUGUUAAGCGUUGCUGGGAGUUGUGAUCCUGUGAGGUUUGAGCUACAGUACCCAGAUUUUUUUUGAGGGAAACAAUGUGCUUCAAAUGUGCUUUAAAGGUAUAGUGUGUACACAGCCUAAGUUACGUCUGUUAUUUUCAAUAGGUUUACCGUAUUUUUCCGUGUAUAAGACUAGAGGGUUUUUUAACCAAAAAAUUAGGUUUAAAAUUGGGGUUUGUCUUAUACACGGGUAGUGCUGAGGGGUAUUUUCUUAAUUCAGAGUCCCCCAAAAUAGGAGGCAUCUUAUACAUGGGGGUGCCUUAUACACGGAAAAAUACGGUACUUUGAUUAAAGCUCAGUUUAAUACCAUGCUUCCCCCCCUUAUAUACAUUUUAUUGAUGCUUAUUAAGUCUUUUAAAUGUGAACUGCUUUGUGAGGUUCAACAGGGAGAAACAUUAAUGCAUGCAUACGCUUGCCUUGAAUAAAUAAACAUAGGUGUUUUAUUAGAUUAUCUUGAUCAACAUGUCAUGUGACAUGUUCAUAGGUCCAGCAGAAAUCCAUAUCCAAAAAAGUCAACAUCUUCUUAUAGUUAGUAUUCUAGGCUCACAACUACUUAAAAUUCUAACCUUGUAGCAUUAGUCAUCCAAAAAAAACCAGAGGACUUUAAUAAGGCUGUCAAAUUUGCUAACACUUGGUGUGAUGUGAAUUAUUCCCUUGCAUUCAGAAGCAGUCAGAAAUCACCUAGCAUUCACUAGCAGAAAACACAUCAUUUUAUUCAUGUGUCAUUUUAGAUUCCACUCCCCCCUCCCCUUCCAAAGCAGGUUACAUCUAUUAUAGAGAGACUAAACCUGUAGCUUCUGUUUUUUUGACCUCCUUUUCAUAAUGGAAGCAAUUCUUAACUUGCAUUGUAUUACUUCAGUGUAACCUAUGUUGAAAAUGUGUGCAACUUAAUUCCAAGUAAUAUAUUCAGGACUUGAUGUAAGUCUGGUAAAUUAAUUUCUUUUCCAGCUGAAGAUUUUGCUUUAUUCCAAUCAUUCAUAUGUAUGGUAUGCACACAUUUUUAAAAGUUCAUAUUACAGAAUAAACUAGUUUUUUAAAAAUGUAAUGCAGUUAACUACCAUGGAAAGGUACCAUUCAUUGAAUACUAGAUUAGACAAAUCUGCCAUGCUUAAAUGUUUUUAGAGUCAUGGAGUAAAGACAGUGAUUUAUAGUGUUAACAGUGCAAUCAGAUUCUUUACUUAUUAUUUAUUCAUUUAAUUUUCAAAAAAAGGGGGGGAGAUUGAUUUUAAUUAUUUAUUCAGUCCUCCUGAAUAAGCCCAAGGUGGCACAUCAAUAAUAAGUAAAAUAAAUUAAGGCACUAAAAAACACACCACAAUUUAAAACAUAAAAACAGUUCAUUCUAAAAACAGUUAAAACAUUUUCUCAGCUGGCGAUCUGAAUUUUGCCAAGAACAGUGACUUUUGGCCAUCAAAUGCCUAAGUAAACAGGAAUGUUUUGAAGGUCUUCCUGAAAAAUCAAUAAUGAGAAAGAUAGACACACGUCAGAAAGAAAGGCAUUCCACAGUCAGUAUCUGCCACUGAAAAGGUGUUGUUGUCAUGAGUCAUCACCAAGGCUUCACCUGCUGAUCAUAAUGGUCUGAGAUAGUUGAUAUUGGAGAAUGUGCUCUUUUAGAAACACCAUAGAGAACAGAAGGAUGGACAAAUUGACAAGUCACUUUUCCAAAAUAUACAGUGGUGCCUCGCAAGACGAAAUUAAUCUGUUCCGCGAGUCUCUUCGUCUUGCGGUUUUUUCGUCUUGCGAAGCACGGCUAUUAGCGGCUUAGCGGCUUAGCGGCUAUUAACGGCUUAGAGGCUUUAAGAAAAAGGAAACAAACUCGCAAGAACUCGCAAGACGUUUCGUCUUGCGAAGCAAGCCCAUAGGGAAAUUCGUCUUGCGGAACGACUCAAAAAACGGAAAACUCUUUCGUCUUGCGCGUUUUUCGUCUUGCGAGGCAUUCGUCUUGCAAGGUACCACUGUAUAGCAGAUGACAGAGGAAUGGUUAGAAAGCAAGAUCAAUGUAAUAAAUCUCCUCAAGCCUGCCCUUUGUAGUAAUAAAAUAAUUACGCUAAAAUAUAUCUUGUUUUUUUAUAAUAGAAUAUAUUUUGAUGUACUUUCUUGUAUCUCCUUAAAGUUCUUUUUUUAUAAUGUUACUGUGUUCAUUUUGGUUGCAGUUCAUGAAGCCAUUACAUCAAAACUCCCUAUGAAACACAUAGUUAUUACAGCCAUGUUAUUGCUAGAAUUUAUUAACAGGUAAUUCGGUUUGUGACUGCAGCUUAAAUAAACAAUGCUUGUAAAUCAUCAGGAGCUUCUGAAAUGAGAAAAUCUAAUUGUAUUUUUGCACAGAGCAAUCAUGCUUGUUCAAAUGUCAAUAAGCCACAGGAACAAGCAGCAACAUGUCUGAGGUUUACAUGUUUCAAACUUCCCUGCCCCCACCAACGCCUCUCCUUUUUUGGUGUGGAGAUUGGAGUUUUUCAUUUCUGGUUGUUGUUUUUACUAAUCACGGUUCAGCAUUAUUGUGAAACCCUACUACAGUUAAUCCUAACUAUCAUUUCUUGAAACGAUCCAAGAUUUGAAACAAGCCAUUAUUUGAAGUUUCAAACAAACCACAUUAAAAUUAACCCCAGUUUGUUCGGUUCCGACAAAAUGAUGAGCUGCAGUUAAUUAAAAAAUGGAAGCAAAACUUUCUGAAGCCUUUCUUGCACCCACGCUGGAGAAGGGUGAAGCACAGGGACCCAAGACUCACUACAUCUCAUUCCCAUAGUGAUAUAUCAUGAUUUAUCAUGAGAUCUGAAUGCAGGAAUAGGCUAGAUAUUUCUUCAUUUUAUUUUGAUCAAACCUUCUUGCUCCGGUGAGUAACGUGACCACUGAAUUCUGCAUCAGCUAAAGUUUCUGAACCGUCCUCAGAGGCAGCCCAACAUAUAACAUGUUGCAGUAAUCUAACCUAGAGGUUACCAGAGCAUAGAUAGCAGAAGUUAGACCAUCCCUGUUCUGAUGGGGUGCAGCUGGGUCACCAGCCGAAGUUCAUGGAAGUCAAUCCAUGCCACCAAGGCCACUUGAGCCUGAAGCAACAGCAAUGGACACAGGAGUACCCACAAUCUAUGUACCCGCUCCUUCAGAGGGAGUGUAACUCCAUCAAGAGCAGGCCACCUCCCAUCCAUCCGGUAUAGGGAACCACCUCCUAACACUGCUUCAGUCUUAUUUGGAUUGAGCUUCAGUUUGUUGGCUCUCAUAUAGUCCAUUACCAAGGCUAGAAAUGUACACUAGUGGUCACAAUUGUGGAAACCUUUUGGGAAAAGUGUAUUUCUGAAGUUUGAUGGCUCAUAACACCACUUUUUGGGGGAGUAAUACCAUAUCAUUAUAUAUCAAUGGAAAGAUAAUUUAAUGAAGAAUCUAAUGCAACAAAGUUUGUUCAAUUAUCUGUAUUCUAUCAAAAGUUAUAUUUUAUCCAAAUAACCAGAAAAAGGAAGCAUAACUUGCUUAGGUUGAUAUGCAGUAACUUUCCUUCAUUUGAAUGUAGCCAAUGAGCAUGAGUGUUAGAGCCAAUCAGGUGUUAUGAGCCAUCAAACCUCGGGAAUACACUUUUCCCAAAAGGUUUCCACAAUUUUGGCCACUAGUGUAGCUACAUCUUGUGCAGACGCAGAAAACUAUGGCUACCAUUGUAAUUUCCAAAAUAACUUUUUUUAAAAAAACUCCACCUGGUACAUUUUUGCUGUAUAAAAUGUGAUUCUUUUCCGUUUCCUCUUGAAGUUACAAUUUGCAUUCAAAUGUCUUGAGAUAGAAUUUUCUUUUUCAAAUAAUUGCUUCGUUUGCUGUUGGAAUAGUAGUACUCUAAAUGCACAGUGUUAUGGAGGGUGGGGGAGAAAUACUCAUCACAAAUGCAAGUUUAAAAUUGUGCGUUUCACUUAUUCCUUCCAAGUAUCUACAUGCCAAUGGAAUUGUUCACCGUGAUUUGAAACCAGAAAAUCUACUGUAUGCAACGCCAGCUCCAGAUGCAUCUUUAAAAAUAGGUAAAUACUGUUCUUCUGUACCAGCUUUGGUUUGCGUGUUGGUGUUCUAGUGCAGCCUUUUCUAUACUGCCCUAUACCCACAGGUCUCUGGGCGGUUCACAGGAUAAGCUCCCAUCACCCCUAGUCAGAAGGGCCAGUGGUCAGGAAUGAUUGGAGUUGUUUCCCAACAGCAUCUGGGGACCCGAGACUGGGGAAAGGAUGCUGUAGUCUAGUGCAGAUGCCCCAUUGUUUUCAAUUCAGGAAAGGGAAUGUGCAUGCUUUCAUUUCAUUGAUAUUAUUCACAGAACAUUCCACAGCUUUGAAUAGGGCACCCUGUGCUUCAGAGACCUCUGCAUGCCCUACAAAACCCUUUGAAUUUAUUUAUUUAUUUUUAAAAUGGGAAGCGGUUUCCUUUAUUUUUAUUUUUUAUAUAAUUUUUAUUCAUUUUUCUGUUUUGCAAUUUACUCAAUUUAAACAUCCUUAAAAUAUCAAUGACUCCCCUUCUUCUCUUUUCAUGGUUCAUUUUGCAUAUCAUGAAUCCCUGCAUACUUUACAUAAACUAAACCAUUCAGUAUUCCAUCAUUACAUCCAUCAAAACUAAUUUACACUGUUGAAUUUAUCUUAAUGCUGCCAACGUUUUCAAAUGUACACAAUUUCCCCCCAUAUAUUCAAUAAAUAUUUUCCAAUCUUCUCUAAACGUAUGUUCUUCUUCUUCUCUUAUUCUAUAUGUUAGGUCUGCAAGCUGCACAUAUUCCAUCAGCUUAAGUCGCCAAAAAACCCUUUGAAUUUCACUGAUCCCCAUUCCUAUACAAUCAAUUGUCCAUAUCGAAGACAUUAUUUUGUACUACAUUAUUUUCUCAGGAUUCUCUUGUCCUCCUUUCCCUAUACCUCUGUGCAUUCUGUUUUAGAAAUAAUCAGCAAAUGAAUAGAUACCUUUAAUUGCCCUAGUGGGCAUAUGAUGUCUUCAAUUAUAAAUAAAAAUAAUAAUGUCCGUUAUCUAAGCAACUGAGGAUGCAAUUCUGUGGUCCCUAGGAAAGCAUCCCUGAAGACAUAGGGGUGGAGGCAGUGCCGGAUUUACGUAUAAGCUAAACAAGCUAUAGCUUAGGGCUCCACUCUCUUGGGGGCACCCCAAAAAAUUAAAGGAAGAGAAACACUGGAUGUACAUUUCCAAAAUAUAAGAUAAAAAACAAAUAAAAUGGCUCUAGAUACCUAUUAGGUCCAUAAAUUACCAUAUAGCAUGUACAGUCAAACCUUGGGUUACAGCCGCUUCAGGUUGCGUUUUUUUGGGUUAUGCACCUGCUGAAAUGGGUUACUUCCGGGUUUUGGCGGUCGCGCAUGCGCAGAAGCCCCGAAUCACAACCUGCAUGUGUGCAGAUGUGCCGCUGCGGGUUGCAAACGCGCAUCCCGCACGGAUCACACUCGCAACCCAAGCGUCCACUGUAUUCAACACAAAAAACAGUGACAAUUUGUUGUUGACAAAGGACAGCUGGAGAUAUAAAGGGCCCCAUUACCUUCAGUAGCUUAGGGCCUCAUCAAACCUCAAUCCGGCCUGGGGUGGGGGAAUCUCCUUGGAGGACAGAGAGAAAGUUUUAACCUUGUAAGCCUCUUCGCUGAGGCACCAGAAGGGUGUCUGCUGGUUCUUCUCUGCUGAGUGAGAUGUCAUGGAAUAUGCUCUGGUGAUAUGUACCAGGAGAAGCAAAUCAACACAAACCUGGGAAGCCCCUCUGUCACGAGCAGAAGCGUUUCCCACUCAUACAUUGACAACUUUGGAUUCAAUGAAUUUAGGAUUGGAUGUAUUCACCCACCAGAAAGUUUCACUCCUGUACCUUACACAAGGUGUAAUUUGAUUAGUGUUUGAUUGUUAUUUGAUUAGUAUAACAUUUCCAAAUGACGAAAUAUUAUGUUCAUUUCAUUCCACGGUAUCGUACAAGAAAUAUAAAAUAAUGAUAAUAACAAAUAAUGAAUCCUUUCUGGUUUAUAUGUAACAGCUGAUUUUGGACUUUCCAAGAUUGUUGCAGAUCAAGUGACCAUGAAAACAGUCUGUGGGACUCCAGGGUACUGUGGUAUGUUCCUUUAUUGCUUACAGUAUGUUAGAUAUCUAUCUAUUUGUAUUCAGUUGCCUUAAAUGCUUAGGGUGGUAGUCACCUAAGUUUUAUUCAGAUUAGACCCACUGAAAAAACUUGUAGCUUCACUUUAAAAAGGCACAGUUGAUAGAGGGCUCUGUAAAGGGUUUUGGAUAUUUCCCUCCAUUUGGGGCGUCAUUUAUGACUGAUACACAUUAUGACUGACGAACAAGAAUAUUACUAUUCUUUACUGCAUUUUCUUUAUCACGACUUCUGUCAACAUAAAUCACAAAAUGAAUAUUACUAACAUGGAAUGAACAGUGUUAAAGACACAUUUAAGAGUGUUAAAUGCGCAAAUGGUAAAGUGUAGAAGGUGGCGUUAAGUACAAAGGACAAGGCAUUUUAGGAAAAUUAAUGGUAUUUCUGUUUGAGGUAAUGUUAGGUGAGCAUUCCUAAAGUCCCAAAUGAAGGCCACUGGAAGCUGUGGCCUUACUAUCAGGUAGGGUGAGGCAGCCAAGUCAGACAGCUGGUUCUGAGUGUCAUGAAAUGACAGCAAGUUAAUUCAUUUCUUAUUGCUGUGUUUUUUUUCUGCAAAGGAGAUUAAGAGGUGCCUGUGGUAUACAUGCCAACUCUAUGAGGCUGAGGACAGCUCAGUCCCCACAUAGUAUAUGGGGCUGGGGCUGAGCCCCCCCCCAAUCUUGAGGGGCUGAGCCCUGCUGGGCCUCCCCACCACAUGACAAGACCCCCCCCCCCAUGUUGAGCAUAACUCAGCGCUUCUGCCCUGUGGUAUUUUCUGCCUCAAGAUGCCAAAAUAUCUUGACUGGCUUUUAAGUAGUACUGUAUUUUUCGCUCCAAAAGACGCGCCAGACCAUAAGGCGCACCUAGUUUUGGGAGAAGGAAAACAAAAAAUUAUUCUGAAUCCCAGAAGCCAGAACAGCAAGAGGGAUCUGGCUUCUGGGAUACCAUGUGGCUGUUCUGCGCCAAGCCUCUUCAGGGCAGCGGGAUGAAGGCUCCCCCUGCCCGAAGAGGCUGUGCGUGGCUAAGGCAGAAGCCAGGGCAGGCGCGUCGCUGAAGGGGCGCUCCCUCUAUGAGAGGCAGAACUGCGCAGCGCCCCUUCAGCGAAGCUGGAGAAGGAACAGAAGGAGACCCUUCUGUUCCUCCUCCGGCUUCGCAGGACAGGCGCUGCGCAGAGAGGGAGAGCUGUGCAGCGCCCUUUCAGCGAAGUGGGAUGAGGAACAGAAGGGGCUCCGUUCUUCCUCCCGCUUCGCUGAAGGGGCGCUGGUCAGCUCUACCUCUCUGCGCAGUGCCAUUUGCUCCAUAAGACGCACUCACAUUUCCCCUUACUUUUUAGGAGGAAAAACGUGUGUCUAAUGGAGCGAAAAAUAUGGUAUGCACCUUGACUGAAAGGGUGCCGUUUGCUGCUCUGCCUCAGGCAGCAAAAUGUCUUGAGCCCUGGGUGGAGGUCCUCCAGGUAGGGCACUGGAAAGCUCCUCUGCCAUCGCUCUAGCAGUGGCAGUGUUCUGUAGGUAGCGGCCCCCAAAACCGAAUGUUCUGGAAGGGUAUCAGAAGAGCUUUGAAUCCACAGGAUCCAAAGUCUCUUUGUUCCUUUGACACCCCAGAAAAGCUGGAAGAUGUACACCAGCCCUGGAGCUAGUUAUUUCCCCUGCCAUCGGUAUCAGUGAGAAGAGGAAUUUAAAAAGUCAAAUUGGGGGGACAUCUCCAGAAAAUCCAUCCACACUUACUUUCUGCUCUGGCCACUGCCAGCUUAGGAAGUGGUGGUUUUUCCACCAUGGAGUCAUCCUCCUCCCUUCCGAAUCUUAAGAUUGCCCUGUAAAUAUUUAAAACAUUAGCUUAGAUUAUGUUGCAUUUUGAUAGGAAGAAAUAAAUCUGUUUGUUUCAACGCACCACCAGGCUUGGGCUUUUAAUAAUAGAUGUAAAUAAAGGGUAAGGGAUUAGAAACGCAGCAAAACAAUGUCCAGACAAAAGCAGGAUUCCAAAUGGGAAAAUUUGAAACAACCACAUGCAAUGAGAAAUGGUGGUGUUACUUGUCCAUGAAUAAUUAACUUCCGAGAAUAGUCAUGCAUUGCCUGAGGGUAGCAAGGCAAGUCAACCACAAAAUGGAAAUAAUAGAUUAUCACUUUUUGAGCACAUUAUGUGUAACGAGCCAAGAUCUGAUAUCUCAGAUAAUGCACUGAUUAAGACAUGCAAGGAAUACAAACUCACUUUUCAGAAUCUGAAAGGAAAUUAAAAGUAUGAAUAAUUAACAGUGGGAUCCUAUGCAUCCCUACUCAAAACUAAGUCCCAUUGAGCUUCCUGGCACUUACCGUAUUUUUUGCUCUAUAAGACUCACUUUUUCCCUCCUAAAAAGUAAGGGGAAAUGUGUGUGCGUCUUAUGGAGCAAAUGCAGGCUGCGCAGCUAUCCCAGAAGCCAGAACAGCAAGAGGGAUUGCUGCUUUUGCUGCGCAGCGAUCCCGCUUGCUGUUCUGGCUUCUGGGAUUCAGAAUAUAUUUUUGUUCUUGUUUUCCUCCUCCGAAAAAUAGGUGGGUCUUGUGGUCUGGUGCGUCUUAUAGAGCGAAAAAUACAGUACUUACCAGCAAGAGUGUGUAGGACUGCAUCUUGAAUGAAGGCAAAAGAAAAAGGGGUUGCUGCUAGUUUUUUAAAAAGGAACAUUAUCCCUUGACUAAAAUAAAUUGAACCUAUUUGGGUGACAUUCCACUGGAUUCUGGAACCAAAUGUUUUUCGCUCUUUCCCUUUUGCCAAACAUGGAACUAGACAAUUGAACAGGACGUUGUAAUUACAAAGAGUUAUAAUUUUCAGCAAGCCUUACCAAACAACAGUACCUAGAAUUCUUUGAGGGAAAGGAUGUGCUUCGAAUGUGCUUUAAAGAUAAAGUAUAUACAGUACACAGCUGUAGAGUCAGAUUUCAUGGUCCAGAUUUCUUUUUAUUAUUAUGAAGGGUUGUAACAAAAGGUCCCACAAUAGAAGCCAGUAUCAUCAAGCAAUUGAAGUGCAGGAGACAAGUGCUUGAGAGGGGACUGUGCUUUCUUCUGUUCUUCUGAAGAAGCUUCACUUCAUAUGAUAAUAAUAUUACCGAAGAAUAAUAGUUUAAUAAUAUUCAUUCUGAAUAGCUUCACUAUAUCUCUUUCCUGAAACAUAUUCUCCUAGCACAUCUGAAUGCACAAUUAAUGCACAUAUUUCAGUAAAGAAAUUGGUCUACCUUUGCUGAGCUUAAGCUGCUUUAUUUAUUUUCUUUCUUUUUCUCUCUCUCACAUAGGAAUUCUAGGUUUCUAGAAUUAUGCUUUUUCUUACCACUGCCUCUGCAUUGGGCCCAUCCGUGUUGGCCACUGCUCUGUUUCACUGCUAUUUCUUUCUACAUUAAAUUUUUGUUUUAUUGACAAGGUUUUUAUAAUCUGCAGCACCGGAAAUACUGCGAGGCUGUGCCUACGGCCCAGAAGUGGACAUGUGGUCCUUGGGAAUAAUCACUUACAUCCUGUGAGUUUGGCUAAAAAUUACCCUAUAUAGGCAAAUGUGAUUCAUUUAUUAGUUUGCUUGGUUUCUCUUCAGAUCGUAUAAAUCUUUCACCUUACUGAAGUAGUUUGUUUUCUAGCCACCAGAUUUUGUGUUCUGAAAUGUGUUUGGAAGAUGGUACAAACCGUACAUUAAAAAAAUUGUACUGCCCCUCAUUUGUUGAAAAUUGAAGUCUUUUGGCAUGUUUCUCCUUCUAAUUACUCUAUUUUUUCAUGAAUGGCCAUUAUGUUUAACUGGAAUAGCCACUGAUCUUUAACUGGAAUCAGUGGCUUCCCUCACGCUGAUCAUGAGUCAAUUGGCAUUUUAUUUUUGGCUGCAGUUUAUGCACUUUACACAGGAGGAAACCUUAUUAAACACAGUAAAAACUUACUUCCAAAUUAACAUGGGUACGAUUGCAGUACACGCCACUCUUGUCCACUCUUAUGAUACUCUGCACUGGUAUCAACAUUGUCCUUUAGCCAAUACAGGCAGCCAUGAAGGUGUAGUAUCAAAGAUUGUCACUCCCUUGGGUUGGAAGCACGGUGAGGAUGUCAUCCAAUUUCCCUCAUGUUUGUGGGAGAAGUUGAGAAGUAAGUUCCCAGCGCUCUCCCAGGAGAAUAGGGAACCUAUUGAAAGGAAUGCCCCCUCAGAAAGAGCUAGGAGUUUAGGUCACCAGAGUGAGAGGGGGGCUGUUCCUCAAGAUAGCUUAAACAAUUUUUUGGAAACCCCUUUUUGCAUUGGGUCUUUAAUUGUAGUGGAGAUGAUACUUGUAUUGUGGCUGCUUAUGUUAAAUCUGAACAACAACAACAACAAUUUUAUUGUUUAUACCCCGCCCAUCUGGCUGGGUUCCCCCAGCCACUCUGGGUGGCUUUCCAGCAAAAUAUAAAAAAUAAUAAAAUGUCAGGCAUUAAUAACUUCCCUGAACAGGGCUACCCUCAAAUAUUUUCUAAAAGUUGUGUAAUUCUUUAUCUCCCUGACAUCUGGUGAUGGGAGGGUGUUUCACAGGGAAGGCCCUCUGCCUGGUUAACUAUGAUAGAACCAGGGCUUUUUUCCAGGUGGAAUUUGAUGGAACUCAGUCUCAAUGCCAUUGCAUUCCAAGAGAAUGAGGGAGGUGUUCAUGGUGAGUUCCAGCAUCUCUUUUUCUAGAAAAAUAGCACUGGAUAGAGCCAGUUGUUAUCUACAGAGAAGGCAACCCCCAUUGCAGCAAUGGUGCUCCUUCUUUUAGUAUUCAUGGCUGCAAUUUUGUAAACCUAGACAUGCAGUUAGAACAGCAAUGGGGAAACUGUCAGAGAAACUUUUCAGAGAAACCAAUAGAUGGCAGCCUUGAUACCUACCAGGUUUUCUGCUGUGUCAGCCUCAGAACAGAAUAUUUCUAAUGCUACUUUGCUUCCACCUACAGCCCAGUAUGAGAUAUACUUAGGUUUCAAAUUGCCUAAAUACUUUUUACCGUAUUUUUCGCCCUAUAGGACGCACUUUUCCCCCUCCAAAAAUGAAGAGGAAAUGUGUGUGCGUCCUAUGGGGCGAAUGCAGGCUUUCGCUGAAGCCUGGAGAGCGAGAGGGGUCGGUGCGCACCAGGCUUCAGGAAGCUAUCCGCAAGCCGUGGGAGCUCAGCGCCCCCCAGGCUUCGGGCUUUGCGCAGCUCUCAGCAAGCCGUGGGAGGGCUGCGCGAAGUCGCGCAGCUCUCCCACGGCUUAUGGAGAGCUGCCUGUUCUGGGGGCUGGGGUCAGGGGAAGCUCAGGCUUCCCCCGCCCCAGCCCCGCGCCUGGGGGGGGGGUUCUUUAUUUCCCCCCCAAAAAACUAGGUGCGCCCUAUAGGCCGAAAAAUACGGUAAUCCUCCCAAAUGUUGUGAAGAAAAAUAAAUAGAUUAAAAAUCCUUCAUACGUAUUGCAAAAUCCUUUGUGCUCUGUUAAUCUCUUAUGGCCUGAUCCCGUGAGCCAUUGGCUGAACAGAGUAGCACAUAAGAACAUAUGUGGAAAGCUGCUGUAGCAGGAAGAAGCUGGUUUAGGACUUAUUCCUCUAUUCUUUUAGGCAUGGGGAAAUUUUAUGGGGAGAUAAACAUGUGACUACUCCCCCUACAGUCUGAGAAGGGCCAUUCUAUCUGAUGUUCCUUACUGUACACACUUGCAUUUGACUCUUGGUACUGAAGACUUUUAAACAUGCUAUGAAUUCUACGUCCAAUAUUAUUUAUUUCUUAAAAUUAAUACACCACUUGAUUGUAAAAACAAACAACCCCCUCAAAGCAGUUUACAAAGCAUAGAACAGUAAAAUCAAGAGAAAUUUACAAGCCUACUUUAAAACAUACAAAAGUUAAAAUGCUAAAACAGUUUAAAAUUACCUCAACUUCCUAAGCAUCUGGGUGGGCUUGUCUAAGCAGGUAUAGUUUUAUCAGGUGCCAACAAGAGUACAGUGAAGCUGCCUGCUUGAUCUCAAUAGGCGAGGAGUUCCAAAGUGUAGAUGCUGCCACACUACACAAUUGAGUUCUUACAAACGCUGAACAGAUAUUAUGUGGCAUGAUGUGUAGCAGUACCAAUUUCGCUGAUUGAAGCGGUCAAGUGGGCACAUGCAGGGCAAGGUAGAUUACUACAGAGGUUACACAUUCCUCCGUAUUUUGCAGACAUAACAUGCUCUUUGUGUCAAGGAAGCUAAAGCUGAUCAACGCGGUUGAGCUAUCUCACUGAUAUUGAUGUGACAAGUUUGUUUAUUGCUUGUUUCUAGACUCUGUGGUUUUGAGCCGUUCUACGAUGAAAGAGGAGACCAGUACAUGUUCAAAAGGAUCCUGAACUGUGAAUAUGAUUUCGUUUCCCCCUGGUGGGAUGAUGUGUCUCUAAAUGCCAAGGAUUUGGUAUGUUCGGCUAAUUCUGCCAUUUACCAUCAGCAUAAUUUUAUCAGGAUAAUCAGCAUUGCACUAUACAUGUGGAAUCUACUUUAUGUAUAUUCAUUAUAGGUUAUAUCCCCACAGUGUCUGUGCAUGAGAAAAAUAGACCUCCACCAAUGCAAUGGCACUUCUCCUUCCUAUCCUUACCUCUGCAGCCCCCACGUACCGUCAAAAUCUGUGGAGGGUUGGUGGACCCUAUGGAACAGAUUCGGAGGUGGGAUCCAUGGGGCUGCAGGAGACAGAAGAGCAAGGAGAAGUCUCGUUGCAUCAGCAGAAAUCUGCUUGUGUGACAUUGGAUUUCACCCAGUAAAAUUAUAGCCUGAAAGUUUUGAAUCUUGAUAUUGUUCAGAUGCACUUUUAGCACGUUACUGGCCCAGUUCAUAUGCUGAUUCAGCUGGCAACAGUCUUUGGAUGCUAGAGGCACAAGCUGACUCCUUUCCAUCUCCUUUUUGAGGGGGAGGGAUAAUGUGCAUUGAGAAUUUCUAUCCAUGCGUUCACUGGAUGUUUCUACCCAGUGGUUAGAGUGUUGGACUAGGACCUGGAAAACCAGAGUUCAAUUCCCACUCAGCUACCUUGGGUGACUUUGGGCCAGUCACUGCCUCUUAGCCUAACCUACCUUAUAGGGUUGCUGUGGGGUUUGAAAGAGGAGCAGAAGAAUAUAUACACCACCUUGAGCUCCUUGGAGAAAUAGAAGUGGGAUAUAAAUGCAAUAAUUAAUCAUAAAUAAUAUGUGCGGAGCACUCACACCAGGUUUACUCUAACGUUGCUUCUAAGCAGUUGUUUGAUGCUAGAAGUGGAUAUUGGUUGGGUAGCAAGUUGCUAGCAUAUGAAAUUGUGCAUAUAUCCUUAGGUUGGAGCCUACAAGGUUUCCGAGGAAUGCGUUUUCCCCCUUACUUUUAAAUCAUCUUAUUAUGCAGGUUAAGAAGUUAAUUGUGCUUGACCCCAAGAAACGUCUCACCACAUUUCAAGCCUUACAACACCCUUGGGUCACAGGCAAGGCAGCCAAUUUCGCUCAUAUGGACACAGCCCAAAAGAAACUCCAAGAAUUCAAUGCUCGGCGUAAACUUAAGGUACAUUUCAGGGGGGUGGGGUGUUAUUGUUUACAUUUGGAUGGAUUCAAGUAACUCGCUUUGUUAACGGAAGACAACACAAGGGCUCUGUUAUGUACUAAAGUUCUCACCCUGGGCCAGCAGGGGGAUACUGUAGAUAGUUUUCACUCAGGUCCACGUCAGUUAUUUUAGGCGGGAAACCCUGGGUUGUUGUUGCUACAAUCUUGACAGCCGGCUGCCUAUAAAAGCAGGCCGGCUGAGCUGUUUGCUGUGCAGUUCUGUUCCAGCUUACAAAAUAAAGAGCUGCUUUGGAGAAAUCGCUGUGUCGUCUGCCAUGUCUACCCACUAUUCAACAGGCUCCACUACGUAGCACCAUACUUGCAUGCUGUUUUCACUGAUGUGUGUAUUUUUAUGCAUGUGUUACCAAAGUGCAUGGAUUUCUGUGCACAUCACCUGGCCAGAGAACUUCAGAGAAGUGUGGCUAUCUUUUGGUUUGUGUAUUACUUUGGAGAGUGAGAAGUAGGUUUGCCCUUUAAAUGUACAGUGGUACCUCGGGUUACAGAUGCUACAGGUUACAGACACUUCAGGUUACAGACUCCACUAACCCAGAAAUAGUACCUUGGGUUAAGAACUUUGUUUCAGGAUGAGAACAGAAAUCGUGCAGUGGUGGGGCAGCGGCAGCAGGAGACCCCAUUAGCUAAAGUGGUGCUUCAGGUUAAGAACAGUUUCAGGUAAGAACAGACCUCCAGAACAAAUUAAGUUCUUAACCUGAGGUACCACUAUAAAGUGAACUGAAUUUCUCCCCCAUCCCUCAUAGUGACACACUUAGAAAAAAGUAAGGAGGGGCUGCUGUAAAGAAUACCUAAAAAGGUGGAAAUGUGUGGAUAAAACAUGUUUAUUCCCUUAAAACCUACUCUAUAUGUGCACAGCUGCAUAUCACCCAGUCUUAGCAGAAACAGCUGGUGUCUCAGUAACUUUGGCUUUUAGCAAAGUAUUCUCUUUCGUUAGACCACACUGAUUUGUUCAGUUUGGAGACACAUUCUGUCUGAACCCCUGCAAGUCUAAAUAGAGUUAAUUCAUACAUUAUGUAGGAGAGAAUCUACUAGGAAGUGAUUAUAGCCUUGCCUGGGUUGGUACACAGUGGAGACAGAUGGGAUCGGUGCCACGAAACCACAGCAUAGGUGCCAAGAAAUCUAACCACUCUUGUUUGUUUUUAUUGAAACCCAGGCUGCAGUGAAAGCUGUUGUUGCAUCAACUCGUCUUGGGAGUGCAAGCUGCCACAGCACCCACGACAGCAAUAAGCCCAGCCAAAGGCAGUCUCUGCGCCCAGAAAGAGAGGACAGCGUGGAGGGAAAAGAAGAAGUAGUAGUAGCAGAAGAAGAAGAAGCAAACUUCACUGAAUCUCAUGAAGAGGACGCUCAUGAAGAAGCAACUGAAGGAGAAUCUUAAAUCUUGGGGUAUCUUAUUCCAGCCAAGUUCUGUCAUUCCGUGCGCCAGCCAAGAUACCAUUCAGAAGCAAAUUACAAGCAUGGCUACUCUGAGUGGCUUUGCCUUGGGAUGGAAAAUGCUCUAGCUGGUGACCUGAACUUCAAAAUGCAUGUGACUGCUUCUGAAAAAAAAUAAAUAGUUCACAGUCUUUUAAUGGCAUGCCAUGGAUAAAGUGAUAUUUACAGUAAUACCAACGAAUGAAGUGGAGAGCAGGGAACACUCCUUAUUACCAACAUGUAUAUCUCAUGUAGAGUGUUUAUAGAUAACCUCUGAAGUGAAUGAUGAUUAUGGCUUAUUAUACAAGAUUUUCUAGAGAGAUCUUGACAUUUCUUCAAUCUGCUUCUUUUCAAACUCAUAAUCACCCAGUAGAUCAAUGGGCGCUAAGACCCGCCUAGUGUUUUUUAAAUGGCAUAUGGAAUAUUUUGCAUUCAUCCGUGAUAGUUUACAAACUGUUUACAAUUGAGAACUUAAAUAUUUAUAUGCAAAAAAACAUUCCACUGAUUCCUGUGAAAGAUUUAUUCGAAUGGCUAUGAAACUAUGUUCCUUAAGAAUGCCUUACCUCUAUAAGUAACCAUUUCUGUACAGUAUUUUGAUGAUAACUAGAAUAUCUUCAGACUUCUGUCACAUUACUAUCCAGUAUUAAUUUUACAAAACAAUGUUAAGGAUAGUACUCAAACAGAGCAGGUAUGUGUGCCAUUGUUAAGGUACAAUUGGAAUUAGUCGUGACUAUGAAACUGUGCACCUGUUUAUACAGAGGGGGAUUCUGCAAUUAAUGUCCUGCAAGAAGAAUAUUCAACAGCAUGAUACUUUUGCUUUAGGAUACCAGUCAAGGUACUUGCCAUGGGCAGCAAUAGAAAUGCUUGCAUGAUUAGAGAUACAUGAGAAUUGUGUAGCCAGUUGUUGUUUCUUUUUGUUUAAUCUGUCAGCGUAGACUUGAUCUGUAUAAGUGUGCCAGUAAAGAACAGGUUAAGGUUAGGAUAGGACACUAUCACUGCAAAAAAGAAAGAAAAUGUUCUAUUCAGGCACUUGUGUAUAAUAGGUGUUACAAUCUUUACUCUGCCAGGUGUAACCUAUGCGAGUUGAAAAAUAAGCAGAAUGGAUAGCAUUUGUAAUACAUUUUGUAGCACCCGAAUUUCUUAACGUAUAGAUAAAAGCGAUCCAAAGAAAUUAGCAUGCAACAAUUAACUUUUAGUGCAAUCCUAUACUCAGAAGUACGUAUGUCCCACAGAGAUCAGUGGAGCUUACUCACAGGUAGGUGGGUAUAGUAUUGCAGUCUCUGUGGCUUUUCAGGAACACAGCCAAUACCCCAAUACGUUAGUUAUUUCUUGCAUUCUUUUUUCUUUGUCUUUGAAAUAGUAUUAUCUUGCAGAGAAACAAGAAUCAGUUAAACUACAGAAACCAAGAGGAGGCACAUGUUUUGUGUCUUCUGUUCUAUUGUAGUUAGAAAGGUAAUUAAAUAAUAUUUCUACGAGACAUGGUAAAUUAAAACAACUCUGAUAACGACAGAACAGAAUACUAAGUUAGUUUUUUUGCAGUGAAAGUGUCCUGUAUGACUUUUGAAAGCUGCCACAAUGUUUUAACUCAUUUAUAAAUGGAUAAAUAAGUAGAUCUUACAUGAAAAAUAUUUGUUUUGCACAUGGAAUCAUUGUGCCCAAGGACAUGAACUGAUUCCAAGAUGUUGUUCUUGGAAAGUGUUUGCUUGUCUGGCAAAAGGAAGAAUUCGAAGUGCUUAGCUAGAAAAGCACAGCACAAUCCAAAGCAGUUUGCAGGUGGGGCUAGUUCUUUUUCUUCUGUGAAGAGGAAUGCUCUGGACUUGCAUGGAGACUGCCCACUGCAUGCAAUAUGAGUUGAUAUAGAAGAGGGCUGGCGACCCCUUUGCAUGUGAAGUUCUGUGCACACAUCAGGAGUGCCAGAUCACAGCUUCUGGGUACAAUCAGCUGCAUAUCUGCUUGAAAUGAAUCAAGGGCUGCUUUCUCAGCUGCACACUGUGACUUGCAUUAUGUGUUCUGGGUACUGAGCCUUAAGUUGGAAGGUUAUUGCUGCCAGGAAAACAGAAUUGUUUUUAAAUCCAGCCAUUCGGGAAACAUAGGGUACAUGCAGUGAUUUCCUAGCUUCUUAUACAACUGCUUCAGAAAUCCUUCCAGAAAACUAGUCUCCCUCCCUCUCUCUCUCUCUCUCUCUCUCUCUCUCUCUCUCUCUCUCUCUCUCUCUCUGGUAGCAUAUGAUCAGAAGUCUGGAAGCUACUCGUGCUGUGAACCACACAAAAUAUAUUUUUAAAAAUCAGCAUCUUGGUAGCAGCGAGGUCUGGGGACAAUCAAAACACCUGAAGGUUCAUAAUUCGGUCCAGAACCUUCAGCUAUACUUAUUCUAGAUACAUUUGAUUUGGUGUGUAAAUCUGAUCAUGACAAGCACUUGAUCAAGUAUGUCAAAAUGAUCUGUGCUCUUGGGAAACCAAGAUUCCACACUGCAUUGGUGCUACCCAUUUUCUGUGGCAAUGAAACUGUUAGAGCAGGGAUAGUCCACAUGGCAUCUUUCCAGUCUUGUUGGACCAUGGACACCCAUCAUCCCUGGCCUUGACCAAUGGUCAUGCUGGCUGAACUGAUGCAAGUUGUAGCCCCCACAUCUGAACGGCACCAGGUUGGCCACCCCUGACAUAAACAUCACACCCUUGCUUGUUAAGGAGGAUUUAUUACUACUGUUCGUUAUGUCAUAGGAAUAGUUCUAUGGUUGUGAUCUGUAAUCAAAUGUUUGAAAGACACCCAGAAUACGAAACCCAUGCAAGGUUAUGGGGUAUGGCUAACAGACAACGGUGCAGUUCAGAAGCUGUUGCUGUUCACCAGAUCCGAUUGCUAAAUUCUUGUUAUGAUUUCUGCUCAGUGUGUUAGAAAUAGUUCCCCUUUUGCAAGUCUCAGUAUUAAAUGUGCACUCAGAUGCAGAUAGCUCAGUUUGUUAUUGAGCAUGGGGCUGAUAACGCCAAGGCUGCAGGUUUAAUCCCUGUAUGGGAUAGCUGCAUAUUCUCGCAUUGCAAGGAGUUGGAGUAGAUGAUCCUCAGGGUCCCUUCCAACUCUAUGAUUCUCUGAUCUCUGCCAUGCUGGACCAUAUGCUCUAAUAAUAAGCAUCAGGGCAAAUUAAGGGAGUGUGUUAUAUCUGAUUCUGUAUGGGUCAUGGAAAUUCCAGUUUAUAAGAGUCUUUCAGCUCAGUCUUACGUAUACUUACUCAAAAGUAAGCUCUGUGGAAUUCAGCGGGACAUUCUCCCGGAUCAGUGUGCAUAAGGUUGCAGCCUUAAAAUACGACUUUGAUUCUGUGGUUGCCUGAGGAAUAGCAUUACCAUUUCACGUAAUGGUAUGAAAGCAGCUUACUGUGACAGGGGAAGAAAACGAGGCGUAGACUAACAUUGAAUGCAUGCUAUUGGUAAAGUUAAUUAGACACUGGUAUUUUUAUUAUUCCGAUAGGUGAGAUAAGAUUAGGGUCUAGUAUAGCAGGUACUAUUACAAAAUUAUUUCACGGAAUAUGUUUCUCGUGAGUGCUAACUUAUUUUGCCAUGUCAACUGUUCCUGGUUGCAGAACAGCAACAAAUCAGUCAAAUGACUUACUGUAAGUUGAUUUUAAGUCUCUGCUCAGCCAGGCUACACCCAUGGUUAAUGCAUAAUGUCAAGGCUAAUAAUAGGGGGUGAAGGGGACCAGCAAUUAAAUGUUGCAGUGUGGCUUGCCCCUGCUCAAGUUUCCAGCCACUUCAUUUAUUCCCCCUUCCCACCUGGUUUCCCAUUUUUUCUCUAACAGCCGGAGGGCAUCCCAUGCCUACUGAGCAAACUCAGCCCUCCAUGGGCUUGUGGGGGGGGGUUCCCUAAAUGUUUUUGUACUCCUGCAGACCUUGAGGACAUAGGGUUCCCUCAAGCAGAGCAACUGAUCCUGCUGCUCCUACUUCUGCAUUUUCAUGUGAGUAGCUGUACAUAAUUUCCACUGCUCUGUCACUGUGUUGUCUCUUUUGCAUUAUCAGUAGAGAACCUGGCAGAAAGGAUUUCAGGGGUCAGCAUGCAUCAUGACCAUUGAGAACAGCAGGUAAAGAGACUGCACAGACCUGGAAGCAGAUUAGGAGUGCCUAAGGUUGACUCUUACAACGGGGAUCAAGGAAUAUGGCAGAAACCCAACCAUGAUCAUGCACCUGCAGCCCAUUUGCCGUUGAAUAAUCUCAAGUGUGCAACAUGGAAUACAUGUCUAGUAUAAGAGAACUAGGUUGUUAAUAACCAAUUUGUAAUGCAGCUAGGGCAUUAUUAGUAUGUCUGAAAAGCAUGGAUAUGGAAGGUCUCAAUUGCGCCAUUAAACUUUCAAAAACAGUUUGCAAUGCACUUCAGGAUUCUCAUUGCAAAAAUUGAAUGGCCUGCUGCACAGCUGCAAUCCCUUGCACAACCAUGAAGUAGUUUAUGGAUUCUUAUCUAAUACUGGCUCGUAUUGGAGAAGCCUGGCACUGUUAGUGUAGUGGCUAAGUGAAGAGAGGUUGCCUCAAACUCCCUAGGUGGCCUUUGGCACCCUUGGCAUCUCUGAACCUCAACUUUCCAGCACCGUGUGCAAUAUAGGCUCAUGAUAUAGGCCUACCUUACAGGACUGUUGUAAAAGUUACUGUGCUAUAUAUCAGUGUAUAGAAAACAGUCUAUAAAUGCUAAUAUUACUUCUGACUGAAGAAGGAAGAGGAAUUCUCUCCUGCUCAGGAUUUUGGUGGGCACAUUAUUGGGAUGUGUACUUCUAGACUCUUAAAAGGAGACACCGUCCAACACAGAACAGCACAAUCCUAUGCAUGUCUACUCAGAAGUAAACACUGUUAAUAGAACUGAUGCAAAGGUAUAUAGAAAUUGCAGCCUUAAACCUACUAAAAUGAAUGAGAUUAAGCACACUUAACUGUGUUAGAUUGUGGCCUAAGGCACUUGACUUAAGUAUAAAAACCUUCCUUCCCCCCCAUUAAUGAAAUAUGUGCACUUUUUGUGGGACUAUCACCUAGGACCACCUUUCAGGUAAAGCAUUGAAUGAUUAUGGUUAACCCAAGGUAUGUUGCACAAAAGUAGCACUAGCAAAGGACCCCUAGAGUUGGUUUGGGCAACACUUGUGUAUGUGUGGUUGCUAUGUAUGUACUGUAUAUUUUCCCCACCUUUGCUUUAUUUGCUCCAAACAUCUAGCACAUUUUUGUUCCUUAGUGUAUCCAAAAACCCAUUUGCAAUGUUACUAAAGAACAAGAAAUAGCUGUGUGUGGAAAUGCCUGAAAACUAUAACCAAGAAUCUGAUGGAUGAAGCUUGCAAAACCUUUAUCACAUGAUAAAGUACUGUUGAAGUCUCAGAAUUAGGCAUGUUUGCAGCUUUAAUAAGUGCAUCUCACCUAGCCUUUCAUAUGCCCAUAUGGAAACGAAUUAUCUGGAGAAUGAAGAGAAUGCACUUUGAUGCUGAAAAGUUUAAGAAGUACUUUGCAUGUACCAUAAAAAUAAACACAUAUGUCU